AUGGACCGUAAACCAGUGAUUGUGGUCCAUGGAGGGGCAUGGGCAAUACCAGAUUAUCUUGCAGAAAGUAGCACAAAUGGUGUAAAAGGUGCAGCAUGCUGUGGCUUUUCCAUACUUGCACAGGGUGGAAGCAGCAUGCACGCUGUAGAGGCAGCAGUGCGUGUUCUGGAAGACGACAAAGCAUUCGAUGCAGGUACAGAUUUGUGUUUUGACCCAUGACUUGGUUUAUUUUCUUCUUUUCAUAUAUUUACUAAUGUUAACAUCUUGAAUGACAAGAGGUCAGGGUAGUCCUUGGAUACCUAUCUUAGUCCAGGCACACUGUCUCUCUCUGAAGGAGUUAACUGUUUGCUUUUUCAUUGUACAGUUCUUCAGGUUGUGGUUUCAGCCAUUGUAAAAUCUCCAAUUUGGCCAUCCUACCUCUAUCAGUUUUCUGAGCCAUGUCCAACUUGGUCUGUCAACUUUUUUUUUUUUUUUCUCUCACUGGAUAGGCAGACCUUUAUGAAUUUUAAGUAAAAAUGAAUAAGGGGAAUGCAAAAAGCUGAAUGUUUAAUAGUAUUUGAUAACACAAACACAUUUACACCAAUUACCUGUUUAUUAGCAUUACUCUAUAAUACAAAGCAGUCGUUUCAUUAACCCCUUAAGGACUGAGCCAAAUGUACACGUUGUGAUCAAAACAAAACAUAAGCAAAACCUAGAAUUUGACUAUAUGUCUGUUCAACCCUAAUUCACCUCUUUCAUAUUAUGUGCACCUACACUUAUUAUAUAUCAUUUUAUUCAGGGGAAACAGGGCUUUCGUUUAACAUCAAAUAUUUAGCUAUGAAACAUAAUUCAAUAUGAUUAAAAUAUAAAAACAUUUUUUUUUUUGUUCUACGUGACAUUUUAUCUGUGAAUGUCAUAAUACAGUUUGCUUUUAAAAUAGACAUAUUUGUAUUCAGCGAUGUCUCACGUGUAAAACAGUACCCCUUAUGUACAGGUUUGUAUGGUGUUUUGGGAAGUUACAGGGUCAAAUAUAGCAUGUUACAUUUUUCCAUUUUUUCACAUUCACCAGAUUGGUUACGUUGCCUUUGAGACCGUAUGGUAGCCCAGGAAUGAGAAUUACCCCCAUGUAGGCUUAAAAAAGGUUGUUUACCUGCACAUGAUUUAAUAAAACCACAUUUUUUUGAUUGAAAAGGCCUGUGAGUGAAAUUUCCUUUUUUGGCUAUAUUUUGGACGCAUUGUGGAUUGCACCUAGGCAGAUAUAUGGUGUAUACCGAAGGGGAGAGUGCCAAGCUAUCCACUGUAUUAUAUAAUAUUAUAUAUAUAUAUAUAUAAUUUUUUUUUUUUUUUUUAAUGAUUUGUAUAUAUGUAUAUAUAUAUAUAUAUAUAUAUAUAUAUAUAUAUAUAUAUAUAUAUAUAUAUAUGUAUGUAUAUGUAUAUAUAUAUAUAUAUAUAUAUAUAUAUAUAUACCUAUUGUAUUUAUAUAUAGGGGUGUGUGUGUGUGUGUGUGUGUAUAUAUAUAUAUAUAUAUAUAUAUAUAUAUUAGAGAGAGAGAUGCGUAUAUACUUAUGUAUAUAGAUAUAUGUAUUUUGUUCUACGUGUAUUUUGAUAUCAAUAUAUAUUAAUAUCAAAAUACAGUUAGAAUGAAAUUACACACAUAUAUAUAUUUUUUAAUUAUUUAUUUUUAAUUUUUUUAUUUUUUAACGUAUUUACAUUUUUUUUAUAUUCUAUAUAAAUAUAUAUAUAUAUAUAUAUAAUUACAAUUAUAUAUUUAAUCAAUAUCAUUCUACAUGUAUUUUAAAUUUAUAUAUAUAUAUAUAUAUAUAUAUAUACACACACACACACACACACACACACACACACACACACACACACACACACACACACACACACACACACACACACGGAGUGCAGAAUUAUUAGGCAAGUUGUAUUUUUGAGGAUUAAUUUUAUUAUUGAACAACAACCAUGUUCUCAAUGAACCCAAAAAACUCAUUAAUAUCAAAGCUGAAUAUUUUUGGAAGUAGUUUUUAGUUUGUUUUUAGUUUUAGCUAUGUUAGGGGGAUAUCUGUGUGUGCAGGUGACUAUUACUGUGCAUAAUUAUUAGGCAACUUAACAAAAAACAAAUAUAUACCCAUUUCAAUUAUUUAUUAUUACCAGUGAAACCAAUAUAACAUCUCAACAUUCACAAAUAUACAUUUCUGACAUUCAAAAACAAAACAAAAACAAAUCAGUGACCAAUAUAGCCACCUUUCUUUGCAAGGACACUCAAAAGCCUGCCAUCCAUGGAUUCUGUCAGUGUUUUGAUCUGUUCACCAUCAACAUUGCGUGCAGCAGCAACCACAGCCUCCCAGACACUGUUCAGAGAGGUGUACUGUUUUCCCUCCUUGUAAAUCUCACAUUUGAUGAUGGACCACAGGUUCUCAAUGGGGUUCAGAUCAGGUGAACAAGGAGGCCAUGUCAUUAGAUUUUCUUCUUUUAUACCCUUUCUUGCCAGCCACGCUGUGGAGUACUUGGACGCGUGUGAUGGAGCAUUGUCCUGCAUGAAAAUCAUGUUUUUCUUGAAGGAUGCAGACUUCUUCCUGUACCACUGCUUGAAGAAGGUGUCUUCCAGGAACUGGCAGUAGGACUGGGAGUUGAGCUUGACUCCAUCCUCAACCCGAAAAGGCCCCACAAGCUCAUCUUUGAUGAUACCAGCCCAAACCAGUACUCCACCUCCACCUUGCUGGCGUCUGAGUCGGACUGGAGCUCUCUGCCCUUUACCAAUCCAGCCACGGGCCCAUCCAUCUGGCCCAUCAAGACUCACUCUCAUUUCAUCAGUCCAUAAAACCUUAGAAAAAUCAGUCUUGAGAUAUUUCUUGGCCCAGUCUUGACGUUUCAGCUUGUGUGUCUUGUUCAGUGGUGGUCGUCUUUCAGCCUUUCUUACCUUGGCCAUGUCUCUGAGUAUUGCACACCUUGUGCUUUUGGGCACUCCAGUGAUGUUGCAGCUCUGAAUAUGGCCAAACUGGUGGCAAGUGGCAUCGUGGCAGCUGCACGCUUGACUUUUCUCAGUUCAUGGGCAGUUAUUUUGCGCCUUGGUUUUUCCACACGCUUCUUGCGACCCUGUUGACUAUUUUGAAUGAAAUGCUUGAUUGUUCGAUGAUCACGCUUCAGAAGCUUUGCAAUUUUAAGAGUGCUGCAUCCCUCUGCAAGAUAUCUCACUAUUUUUGACUUUUCUGAGCCUGUCAAGUCCUUCUUUUGACCCAUUUUGCCAAAGGAAAGGAAGUUGCCUAAUAAUUAUGCACACCUGAUAUAGGGUGUUGAUGUCAUUAGACCACACCCCUUCUCAUUACAGAGAUGCACAUCACCUAAUAUGCUUAAUUGGUAGUAGGCUUUCGAGCCUAUACAGCUUGGAGUAAGACAACAUGCAUAAAGAGGAUGAUGUGGUCAAAAUACUCAUUUGCCUAAUAAUUCUGCACUCCCUGUAUAUAUACACUUAGAGCGUAUAUAUAUAUAUAUUAAAAUGUAUAUAUUAUUUACUUUUUAACUGUUAUUAACGUUUAUUUUACAUUUUAAAGCAGGCAGGGGGACUGCCUGUCAUUCCAGACAGUCCCCCUGCUGGCAAUGCUGUGGACGGUUAUGCUGUCCAUGUGAUCGUGAGGUCCUCGUGAUCACAUGGCCCAGGAGGGCCGGAUUGGAAGCAGGGGGACUCCCUGGAAUGCCAGGUGAGUCCCCCCAUGUGGGAUCACUGGCGAUCGAGUAAGUACAUAGGACGGUGGGGACGUUCUAUGCUGCCCUCUGUCCUUAAGGGGUUAAAGUGUAUGGACAGGAGCUAUAAUCUGCUGCAACAGAAAGGAUUCUUUAAAGUAAGGAAAAUAAAGAUAUGGAAUCCGCUAUCUAAGUAGAUUGUGCUGUCAAAUUUAACACAUAAUUCAUAUAAAAAGGAGGGAGAUACAUUUAGCUAACAGGCCUCCUAAAAUAUUAUGAAAAUUAAUAUUAGUAGGCUGAUGGUCCUUUGAAAAAUGACAAUAUGAAAUAAAAAAAAAGAGUUUUGGUAUAACAAAACUACAAUACAGUUAAAGGUUUUUCCUUCAUGCAAAACAAUGACUGCACUAGGGUUGAGUGGAGUGAGAUUUAAAAUAUAUUUAGUAGUGUUUAAGUACGAAAUGGAAAAAGCACUGUGUUGCAACAAUGAAUAUAAAAUGGUAGCAGCCUAAAAUAUGGUAAUGAUAAGAAGACAUAUUUUACUAUAUUAAAAAAAAAUAUCAACAACAUUAGCUAUGGUAGUAAUAUUUUGGUUUUCUUAGAUAGCAUAAGCUAUUGCAUCCUCAGUGCUAUAUAAUUACCUUAAGUAUAAAGUAUAUCAGUCAAUAAAUGCAGACAUCGUAAGCACUGCCUUGCAGUCUUUCACAUUUAAAAGAAAGACGAUAAAAGCUUUAUGACUGAAUGAAACCAAUUAUUUUUUUUAGUUGCUAGAAGCAUUUUAUUUACUUAAAAGCUUGUGACAAUAAAAACAAAUAUUUUUUUAUGAGAAUGUAGUGCAAAAGCUACCAGGACGGUUGUAGUAAAUUGUUUUAAAAUAGUUUAUCAUAUUUAUUCAUAAAGCCUUAGGACAUAUAUGUUUGCUUCUGUUACAAACUGACUUUUUUCCUUUAGGUCAUGGUGCAGUAUUGAAUGCUGAUGGUAACGUAGAGCUUGAUGCAAUCAUAAUGGAUGGGAAAAAUCUUGCUGUAGGUGCUGUUUCUUGCAUCAAAAAUAUUGCAAAUCCAAUCACGUUUGCUCGCUCAGUCUUAGAAAAGGUAAAGUACUAAACUUUUGACAAAGCCUGUUCUUCACUCUGUGCUUUAAUGGUAUUGGCAUCUGUUCAGUGAAUAAAAUUUGCUAGAGACAAGUUAGGUAACUCUGUAACAGAUCCCCUAUACUCCGGCUGAGUAUAUCUGUUAUAAAUCUCCCGAGUCCCAAGUGAAAUAGUGAUUAUAGCUCCAAGUUCCCCAAACAUCAGCCUAGACAUGAUGAAGGGUAGAAACUAAUGUAUUUAUUAUGGCCAACUGGCCUACUUAUAUACAAACAAGGAUGCAGUAAAACACGCACAGAAUACUCCCACAAAAUGUCUACAAAUUUCUGUGUUAGAGUGACUCAGCAUAAAAACAUAAAAUAUCAAAAUACAUAAAUACUUAUAAAACAUAAAGAAAUGCCCACAAAUAAUAUAUCUCUGGAUAACUUGGAUCUGAGCACCCAAGUUGUCCAAAUAGAGCUCAGAUCCCAUGAACACAGCUGAAUUGCCACCGGGGUAAAGUUUUGACUUACCCCUCCUGAGACUUCUGCCCAAAUUAGUUCCAGAGUUUCAGUGGUGGCGGUCGGUCAAUUUCGGGAGUUCCAAACUGAACAAAAAGACGAAUGGUUCUCCUGGCUCAAAGGUAGCAUUUCAUGUGGACAAACCUACCAAACUGCACUUUCCUGGCUUAUCACGGAAAGAAGCAGGCAUUCGUAUACAUUCACCAGUGUUCACGUGGUCGAGUGUCUGACUUAUAGUUCCAGACACGCUGCCUGCGUUAGUGAGACUAGAUGGCAGCUGUUUUCUCCAGCACGUGAUGUUCCGUUAUACAAAUGACGGCCACACAGAGAGAGCACUUUAUUCUGUGGUUUUCUUUGAAGUUUAAUGAGCCAGAGGUGGUCGGUGUUCGGGAGAGGGUAGUUCCCAAACUGGGUAACAUUAAUGGGGUUUGAUAACCUAGUAUUGAACAUAGGAAGAGAAUAUCUUGGACACAGGAAAAGUGGGUUUUGUCACAUUGCUCACCCCCAGUUCCAUGGGGCAGCAUACCCGCCUAGACCCUAAUGGGUUGGCUUGGGGAUGGCCGGACAAGUAAUCAUUAUUUCUCCAAUUUGGUUUGUCUAGACAACCCAUCAGCAUUGGCGUUCUGCAAUCCUGGCCGGUAUUGCAUUGUAAAGUUGUAUGGUUGCAGUGCCAGGCUCCAUCUCAGCAGCCUGGGGUUGUCUCCAGCCACUCGGUUGAGCCAAAUUAGGGGGUUGUGGUCAAUCAUGAUGAUGAAGGAGCCUCCAUACAAGUAAGGCUGUAAUUUCUUUAGUGCCCAAACUAGGGCUAGGCACUCCUUCUCUACGGUGGCAUAGCUGACUUCCCGGGGUAACCAUUUCUACUUAGGCCACCGGGUGCUCCAUGCCAUUGUCCUCGACCUGGCUUAAUACUGCUCCCAGUCCAAACAUUCUGUAUGAAUGAGAAAUAUUUUAGUGUGGUCAGGUGCAGCUAAUACAUGUGCCUCGCUCAGUGCCAUUUUCAGCUUCUGGAAGGAGUCCUCACACUCUGGUGACUUAGGAAUAGCAUCAGGCUCCAAGGGGAUUUGCCAAUACCCUUUGCACAAGUCUAUAGUGGUCAAGUAAUUCCCUCCUGCCAUCUGGUCUAAUAGCUCAUCAACUCUGGGCAUAGGGUAGGCGUUGGUAACUGACCAUUCGUUGCAUUUGUGCUAGUCAAUGCAGAAGCUAGUUGUACCAUCCCGUUUAGGCACCAAAACCACCGGUAAGCCCAAGGACUCUGGGAGGGUUCUAUUAACCCUAAUUCUAGCAUGUUCUGAAUUUCUUUGUGCAUGCUCUCCCUAACAUCUUUAGGGAUGCGAUACGGUUGCUGCCGGAGAGGUAUCGGGGUUUCCACUCAGUGUACCACCGGCGUUGUGUACCCUGGUAUGGCAGAAAACAUUUCAUGAUAUUCCCCUAGCAGUUGGGAGGCUUGAUGUGUCUCAGAGGAGCUUAAGUUAGUCACUAGACUGACUUGCUCUACUCAAACUGGGGUGGCGGGGAGCAUAUCGGGUGAGGGAAGAACUUUGCUGUCCUUGAAGGCAAGGGCGCAAACUGCUGCUACCUCUUCUGUCCUUUUUAGAUAAGGCUUAAGCAUGUUCACAUGAAAGACCUUCUGAUCCUCUCAUCCGAACAUUUCCCCACUAUAUAGCUGGUGUUGCUUAUCCUCUCUACUACCCUGAAGGGACCCUGCCAAGCUGCUUGUAGCCUAUCUGCUCUAGUGGGUCUUUUUGCCCAGGCUCUAGAAUGCGAUCUCUAGCCCCCCGGUCACACCAACAUUUUUGGAGCUGCUGGGCCACCCACAUGUUCUCUCGCACAGACUCAUUAAGUCUCAGUUAGAGCUUGCUGUCGGUCCCAUAGCCCCAUAGCAUGACAUGUCAUGAUUCCCUUUUAUUCCAGACGUUUGGUCCUUAGGGGGCUAAGGGUGCCACUAAAUCAUUCAGAGUCUGUUUGUCUGAGGGUGAUAAGAAGAGCUAAAUAUGGAUUUCACCUUAUAGCUCUGCCAGAGCUAGUGAGUAAUGUGUGCUGUGGACUAGGUCCCCUGAUCGGAUACGAUUUCCCUGGAAAAUCCUACCCGAGUAAAGUAGGCUUCUGCUACGGUUUCUGUAUGGAUGUUGGAAAGGGCCAUGGCUUCAGGGCCCUGAGUAGCGUAGUCCACCACAGUAAGAAUAUACUUCUUCCUCGAGGGACUAGGCUUACCGAGGGGUCCUACCAGAUCUACCACUACCCAGUAUAAGGGUUCUUCUACAAUGGGGAGUGGUCUGAGUUUAGCCCUAGGGGCGUCACCCCUCUUUCCUAUUAUUUGAUGCACAUCUCCACGCCAAAAGAAUGCCGGGUCAACUGGUCCUUCCUCUUCCUUAUGCCUAAGUGGCCUGCUAUGGGUAUAUUGUGGCUGAUGCUUAGUAAUUCAGCAUGGUAUUUCUGGGGUAAUACUAACUAACUGUCUCUUGGGUACUUGGUCCGCUCCUACCCCGUUUCCUCCGGUUCCACUAGUCCUUUCUCCCAUUGGAAUCAGUCCUGAUCUAGGUCCCCCUGUGGGGUGUCUGCCCACCUCCCUCUGCUCUUUCACAAAGUCUUGUGGGGUGCCCCAAUAUGGAGCAGGGUCUAUGGUCGGGGUAUCGGUUUGUACCUGGUUUUCCUGAGAGUGUGAGGAGUUAAUCUCUCAAGCAUGCAGCCGCGUGGUUAUGGGUAGUGCUCUCUCCAGGGUUGACGGAACGAACUGGGAGGUUAAACACCCCAAGUCAUUCCCCAGUAGUACUUCCACUGGUAAGUCUCUCAUAAUCCCCUCUUCCAGGGAUUUAGCUCUGGUACCCCAGUCAAUAUGGACCUGGACUACAGGCAACUUGUAUGUUGGAACAGAUGCAUCAUGUAUGGCUGUACCAGAUGCAUCAUGUGUGGCUGUACCUGGUGUCUCUCAAACCCUUGGUCGGUCAAUUUCGGGAGUUCCAAACCAAACAAAAAGACUAGCAGUUCCCCUGGCUCACAGGCAGCGUUUGUUUGCCUUGUUCGUCCAAACAAACCUUCCGAACAGUGCUCUCCUGGCUUGUCGCGGAAAGAAGCAGGCAUUCAUAUACUUUCACCGGUGUUUGUGCGGUUGAAUGUCUGACUUGUAGUUCCAGACACUUGACGACCAGGUCCAGCUGCCUGUGUUCGUGCGACAAGAUGGCCACACAGAGAGAGCACUAAAUUCUGUGGUUUUCGUCAAUGUUUAAUGAGUCAGGUGUGGUCGGUGUUUGGGAGUGGGUAGUUCACAAAUGGCGUUUUAUAACCUAGUAUUGCACAUAGAAGGAGGAUAUAUUAGACAUAGGCAAAAUAGUGGGUUUUGUGACAAGCUCUUAUGGUUUCUAUAUUUUUUCCUAAUUAAACCUUAAAGUGCGCCUGUCCCUUGUAAAAUGUUUCUAAUAGCAUAAACGUUGUGUAGGUGAUAACAACAUUUUAUUUAGCACGGUUAUUUAUUAAACUGAGAAUUGUUAGAAAUGAAUUGCAGACCAUAAUAGAAAAACUGGAAGCAUAGCUUACUUGAAGAAUGUUGCCAGUUCUGCUAUUUUGCCCUUAAAUUUGAAAUUCACUUUCAAUUCCCAACAAUUCCCACUUUUGUAAAUAAAGCUGUAUGUGUCAAACAUAUUGAUUUGAAGAUAUAAUAUAGAUGAAGUUUGCCCUGUGGGGUGUACUAGGCAGACAUGCCUCAAUACAUAUUGUACAUCAUAAAGGAGCACACCCAAAUGACAGCUGUAUUGCAAAUGUUCAGUACAUAUUGGAUACUCAUGAGACAUAAAACAAAUAAUAUUCCCAAACCAAACAUUAAUGCACUCACCCAACAAUGGGCAGUAAACCACUUGACACAAUUCAUACACAAUAAUAAACAAUCCAAAAUAUUGAGCAAAAACAGAAAAUAAUUUUAAAAAAAGACAAAAUAGGGGAAAAAAAUAGUCACAAUAUAUAAACUAUCAAACAGGGAAAAUAGUAUAUACCAAAUACAUAGAUGAAAGAUAUAUUAAGUAUAGAAGGCUAGAAGAAAUGGGAGAUACCACAGGUCAGAGAAAAAAAGAUGAUACCCCAAAGUUUCAGUAAAGAGCCUCUGUCAAUAGAAUAUCAUACUAUGCAAUAAUUCCUUUUAUAUUGUGGCCUAGAUAUUCAGCUUUCUACACCCACAGCAAUUACCAUAAGUGUAGCUUUAUCUGUUUAAUCUAUUUAUUUAACUAAUUUAAGCAUAAAUCUAGUCCUAUUAGCCGUGGCGUACACAUGACCCAUGGGGCCCCGGUGCGAAAAUUGAUCCGUGGGCCCCCCCGCGUGCGCGGGUCGGGCCGCAACACAUGGCGGUGGGCACCUGGUCGCAGGGGUUACACGGCUGCGACCGCGGUAUGUACGCCAGUGCAUGCAGAUGCACACACACACUUAAAGGACCACUAUAGUGCCAGGAAAACAUACUCGUUUUCCUGGCACUAUAGUGCCCUGAGGGUGCCCCCACACUCAGGGUCCCCCUCCCGCCCAGCUCUGGAAAGUGGAAAAGGGGUUAAACUUACCUUUUUCCAGCGCUGGGCGGGGAACUCUCCUCCUCCGAUCCUCCUUCUCUCUUCCCCGGCAAGAGCUGCGCGCGCAUUCAGCCCGUCUCAUAGGAAAGCAUUCAUAAUGCUUUCCUAUGGACGCUUGCGUGCUCUCACUGUGAAAAUCACAGUGAGAAGCACGCAAGCGCCUCUAGUGGCUGUCAAUGAGACAGCCACUAGAGGAUUAGGGGGAAGGCUUAACCCAUUCAUAAACAUAGCAGUUUCUCUGAAACUGCUAUGUUUAUAAAACAAUGGGUUAGCCUAAAGGACCUGGCACCCAGACCACUUCAUUAAGCUGAAGUGGUCUGCAGAGUGGUCCUUUAAAGGACCACUACAGACACGCAGAUCACAUCAAUGAAGUGGUCUGGGUGCCAGGUCCCUCUAGUUUUAACCCUGCAGCUGAAAACAUAGCAGUUUCAGAGAAACUGCUAUGUUUCACUGAGGGUUAAUCCAGCCUAUAGUGGCUGUCUCACUGACGGCAGCUAGAGGAGCACACUGAACGUCCAUAGGAAAGCAUUGAGUAAUGCUUUCCUAUGGGCGGUUUGAAUGCGUGUGCGGUCGCAUUCGGAGCUGAGAGGCUGAGGGAUCCCCAGCGCCAAGGGAGUCCGGCGCUGGAGAAAGGUAAGUGCUGAAGACACACACACUCUCACUUACAGACGCAUACACACUAGCUAACAGACACACACAUUUACUGACACACACUCAGCGACAGACAUACAUACACACUAACUUACAAAACAUACACACUCAGUAAGACACACAGUAACACUCACUGACACUCACUAGCAGACACACUCACUCACUCUAACACUCACUGACACUCACUUUAACACUCACACUCACUAGCAGACACACACACACUCUAACAUUCACACACUCUAACACACACACACUCUAACACUCACACACACUCACACUAACAUUCACACACUCUAACACUCACACACACUCACACUAACAUUCACACACUCUAACACACACACACUCUAACACUCACACACACUCACACUAACAUUCACACACUCACACUAACAUUCACACACUCUAACACUCACACACACUCACAUGUUAUUUUUAAAUGAAAUCCCCCCAGCCUCCUUACCUUUUGGAGUGCUGGGGGGAUUCCCUGGGGUCCAGUGGUGCUGCUGGGCUCCUGGGCGGGUGGCCGGUCGGGCAGGCAGGCGGGCGCGCGAGAGAGCACUCAGUGCUUCCUAUUCAGCUCCCUCGCGCGCCGCGCAGGGAUGCCGGCGCCGGAAGAUGACGUCAUCUUCCGGCUCCGGUAUCAGUGCGGUGCGCGAGGGAGCUGAAUAGGAAGCACUGAGUGCUCCCUCGCGCGCCCGCCUGCCUGCCCGACCGGCCACCCGCCUGCCUGGGGUCAGCAGGGCCAGCCUCGGGGGGCCCUGGGGUGGUCGGUUCCUGGGCCCCCCAGGGGAAGAGGCUGGCCCUGUGGCUACAUACCGGGUCGCAGGGGCGGCCGGGCCCCCUGGUGAGCCGGGCCCGGUCGCAACCGCGACCCCUGCGACCCUGGUAUGUACGCCACUGCCUAUUAGUCUAGUGGUGUGAAUACAAAUGAAUAUAUACUGUUUCUUUUUGUACAUUUUAGAUAUGCUUUAGACUUAAUAAAGGAUGGAAUAUUAGUCUUUAUGUAUACAUCUGUUUCCAAUUUUACUAGUAUAGUUAGUAUAUCAAGAUGACAAAUACUAAACAUAAAAUUGUAUUAAAUUCUGAAAUGUGUAUGCACAUAUCUAGUGUAAGAUAAUGUCAAAUCAAAGUUGUAAUGGAAAUCGUGUACAGCACAUGCAGUUAUUAUAUGGACAGUUAAAGGGACAUUAUAGGCACCCAGACCACUUCAGCUCAUCCACCAAUUAACAGGAAUCUGAUCCCUAUAUGGCUAUUUAAUUGAGAGCUGCACAAUAUCCACUCUUAAGCAGUGUGUUUAUUACCAAACGUUUUUGCUGCACUUAUUAUACCAAUGUUAAAGAUGCUCUUCACUAUUUUUCUGACUUAUUAAUUUUCAUAUUGCGCACAAUGUUUUCGUUUGUUAUUUAGCUAUAAGAAUGUUUGCCAUAUAUAUAUUUAUAUAUAUGUUGGAAGGUCAUUUGGCCUGAAUUUGUGGGAGGAGUUAUGAUCCUAUUUAAACCCUACCCCCCUACUUACCUUUGUCGUGCAAGCUAUUUGUCGUCUCCAUAGUUACCUGCAUUUCCGGUUCAUCGUUCCCGACAAGUCCUGUUUUAAGCAGUCUCCAGCAAGCAGCCUGUCGUCAGCAGCUCCUGCCUCCGUCUUCCGGCCAGUACACCGACUUCUACCUGACUUCGCUACUCGCUACCCGGCUUCCGGUCACGAGACCAGCACGUCCACGUAAGCAUAAAUGUGGAAAAUGGCAUUCGGCUAUUUCCCAUGUUCGGGCCUAAAAAUGCCGGGAUAGACUCCUUUCAUUACUUACCCGUUCGUGCUCUUACACUGUUCGUGAACUUCUGCGUUCGUGCAGCUAACAGCAGACCGCAGUACACACUCCUUUCGUUUGUAUUUUCAAAUAAGCUAACUGCCGACUGCACUGAACAAAUUUACGUUUGACUAUUUCAUCCUUCCCCUGGUGAUCUCGGUCAUACAGUCUGGCUUACCCAUCAUUUCCCUCCCCACCCCCCACCACCCACUAUCACUACUCCAUACGUCUCACCGGCCCACUCUGUUCCAAUUUCCAUGGAGAAGGAAAUUCUCGAUGGAAAGGACGUUAAACUAACAUCACUACUUAACUUCCCAAGACACCCUACAGUACAAAGGUUAUAUUCAUGGUGACAUUUCAGUAGUUCUAAAACCGAUGACUAAACAAAGCUUUCCAUUCCUCUGUUUGUCAUUACCUCUCGCAUAGAGUCAGCCACUUCCACUUCUCACCACUCCUUCACCACACGCAUUAGACAGGGAGAUGGGCAGAGGGACAAGCUGGGCUGACCAUUUCAUUUCUGGGGAAGGCUGUUAAACUAUGGUAAUUUUUGCCUCUUCCUCUAAACCUACAAGUCAAGCAUCUUACUUAUACCUCCUAUGCUGUCACUCCGCUUUUACGUAUCCAAGGUCAACUACACACUAUCAGUCCUAAUCCAUUACUUCACAUCUAAACCUUCCAUUAAGGUGAGCUACAUCAUGGCUUCCUUUGCUGGUCUCUCUUUAAUGCUGGGGUAUGCUCUUUCACUACAUGCAGGGUAUUGCACAUCUGCUCCAGAGCCCACACCUAAUCCACAUUUACAGACUGUCUGUCACCUAAGAUAGGCCUAACUAAAGUUAACAUAGAUAUCCUAGAAUACUAUCUGCAUUUACACCCAGCUAGGCAUCUGGUAGAUUCUGGGGCUGGGUUUCUCACAGGGGUUUUACACGGGCCUUAUUGCCAUUCCCACAGGUACACUCGUAUGCCCUAACCUAUUAUCUGCAUCCAUUGACCCACUUACGGUGGACCAUCUUCUGUCCACAGCAAUCAUACGCUGGUUUCACGAUCACCUCUUUCCAGUCUUCACACUUCACAUCUUGGCGUACCAAUCCCAUCAAGGUAGCCAUUCACAAUACCCUAUAAUACAUCUGAUCAUAGACCUUCUGCACCGCACUCUACAUCCAUUCUCAGCAUCAACUCCCUCAUUCCCGCUAAGGAGUUGUCACUGCACUGAGCAAAUCGACGAUCCAUGCAAGCUAUCACUUCAGCAGGUUGUGAGGUUUGGUUAACCAAGACAGACUUAGCCAACGCCUUUAAUCUACUACCUAUUCACCCUUCAUUAUGGCACCUGGCCUACGUUUGGCUCUAGGAGCAGCCCUAAGUAUUCAACAUCUUCGCACAAACCCUCUGCUGGCCGCUCCUAAAAAUAUUCAGGUGUCCAUACGUCAUCCGCUAUCUGGAUGAAUUUUUUGUUGAUUUAACAGGUUCACAAACACCUAACAGGGUUCACACCACCACAGCCUCAUUUUCACGACACUCGGGGUCCCUCUGUCACCAGUCAACCACUGGUUAGGGAUGCCUGGCCACUGUGACGGAUGCCUUGCCGGCAGAGAGACUUCUACUUUGUCAGAGAUCUACCCCAUCAUGGCGGCCACCCUCACAUGGGGUCAUCUUUGGACCGGCAAGGCAGUUAAAUGCUGCUCUCACAACUCCGCAGCCUGCGACAUCAUUAACAAGGGCGUCCAUCCUCGCUAACCAUUUUUUGGCUGAUUCGCUGGCUGACUUGGCUGGCAGCAACUUCUCAGCUCUUUUUAGUCUGCUUUUACAUUCCUGGUGUCCACAACACAGCCACUGACGCUCUUUCACGCUCAGUUUAAGGUCUUCUUUCAGGCACUCCCUACGACCCACUACCUACCAUCCAGGAUACUACCAUUCCAUGAGCUAAUCUUGGACUAAGCACACAAUUACACCUCGUACAGGUAUGCAUGCUUCACGCAGUUUCAUGACUACUCUAUCACUCACGCCAGGGCUUUGUGUAUUGUACCAUGUCACAAGUAGAGUUUGCUUGAUUCAAGACUUUUGCAGUAAAACUAUGGUAAUUUUUGCCUCUUCCUCUAAACCUACAAGUCAAGCAUCUUACUUAUACCUCCUAUGCUGUCACUCCGCUUUUACGUAUCCAAGGUCAACUGCACACUAUCAGUCCUAAUCCAUUACUUCACGUCUAAACCUUCCAUUAAGGUGAGCUACAUCAUGGCUUCCUUCGCUGGUCUCUCUUUUUCACAAAAGCGCUGCAUCAGCAGCUUCAAGCUCUUACACUCCAGUCUACAUCACUAGUGAUGGGGCCACAGGUAAUCCUCAGCUCAGUUACAUAUAUACCUAAAUCAGAGUAAAAGCUCCUUACAAGCUUUCAGUACCCAAGCUGUUUAAACUUGCAAUAAAGUGUGUUUUCUUUGAAUCCUCUUUUGCCCUCUUUUAUUACAGGCCCACUCGUACGUUGGAUCCUAUUUAAACCCUAAAAGUCUCUCAUUUCAGUUUGAUUUCUCUAAUUUAAUAAAUUAGUUUUAUUAUAUCUUUCGAAUAUUGUUGUAUAAUUUUCACACUGUCACAAAUAUAGAUCAAGCUCCCUGUCUUCAAGUUACAUAUCAACAAAUGUCAUCUGGGGAUAUUUUCAUCCAGAGUUUUGGUGUCAGGUAUCAUCUUUUUAAUCAUUUUAAAUAUAUUUCAGUCAAAUUUAAGCAGUGGAUAUGCUUAUAUAAUUUAUUUAGAGAGUUUUUCCAAGCCUCUUCUUCGAUGUGUAUUUUUAAAUCUUUUUCCAACUUAUUUAUUGCUCCUGUAAGUUUGUCUCAAGUUACAUAAAACUUUGACAUAUUUUGCCAAUAAAUGUUUACAGUUUCCUAUAGCUUGAGGAGUUGAGUAAACUCUCUUGUUGUCUUUCCACUGCUUUAGAGAUAUGUUAAAAUUAAACCUUUAAUUCUCAAAUUGAAAAUAUCUCUAUAUGGAAUGGAGCAUUCCUCAAUUAUUUGUUGUAAUGGCUUACAAGGGCACCCUUGUCUUAUCCCAUUUUAAUAUUGAAAAACACUGUGAAACAGGGGGUUAAUGGAACUCCACUCAUACUCCCAUGAAUAGAUGCAGAAAAAGAUGCACGAUUCUGUCUUAUUGCAAUGGAUAGCGGUUCCAAUCCCCAUAUAUAACAAUGGGGAGAAAGGGCACCCUUGUCUUAUCCCAUUUUAAUAUUAAAACACUGUGAAGUGAAUCCUGAUCAUGUAACUUUAGCCUGUGGGGAAUCAAAGAGAGAUGAUAUAGCUUGUAACAUGGAGCCUGUAAUUCCAAAUUCUUUCAUGGUAGUGAACAUUCAAACCCACCUACCCUAUUAAAUGCUUUUUCUGCAUCUAUUCAUAGGGGUAUGAGUGGAGUUCCAUUAACCCCUGUUUCAUCAAAGACAUCUAUUAUUCUUAUGAAGUUAUUAACUAACAACCUGCCUGGUAUAAAGCCUAGCUGAUCGUUCGUGAUUAAAUUUAAUAUAGCUAUUGUUUUGAUCUUUCAGCAAGAAUAGAGGAAAAUAUUUUAUUAUCUGUGUUCAUCAGAUAGAUUGAUCUAUAAUUACUGAUCAACUCAGGAUCUCUGACUCCUUUGGAAUUGGAACAUUGCUUGCUCUCAAUAAUUUUACAGGGCAUCUCCUUGUUUUUAUUAUAAUGUUAAAACAUUGUGUACGUUCUCCUUUUAACUUUUCUUUCAUCAAUUUGUAAAAUGUAUUUGUGAAACCAUCAGGACCAGGAGAAGUUUUCAAUUUAAGCUUAUCAAUUGUUUGUUACUUCUUCCUCUGACAUAGGUUGAUUUAUAAAUUUAAUUAAUCGUGAAUAAUUUCUUAAUCUCCUCUUCUCCCUAAACAUCUCUUUUGGUAAUUGUAUAAAUCCCUAUAGAACUCUUAAAAAGCAUCUACCUAUUUGUCCUGGGGCCAACAAGUAUGUAUCUUUAUCCUUGAUUUUAGAAAUAACUCUUUUACUUCUUAAUUUCUUUUUACUUUAUUAGAGCUUCUGUUUUCUUAAUGCCUUUUUGUUUACCAUUUGGGUUGAAUGCAUUCUACAGUUCUAGCUGCUUUAUUAAUUUGAUGAUCAAUUAUACAUAUUUCUAGAUCUACAAUCUUGCUUGCAGUUUCUUUUGGGAGCAUAGCUUUAUUCUGCCUUUUAAAAUCAUUUAAUGCUAGAUAUAGCUAUAGAAGGGACGGCUUUCUUUCUUUCUUGUUUUGCAAUAGCUGUCAUGCUGCUCAAGUUUACGCUAACUACAUUUUUGUAAGAAUACCAAACUCUUAUAUCUGAUAUACCUUUAUUUUAUUUUCUAAAAAAAAAAUAAUUAAUUAUCUUCUACAUUCUGUUUUUUUUUAAUGAAUUAUUUGAUUGUUAAAUCGCCAAUCUUUACGGAAUACAUCAAAAGCAUCUUUAAUCUAACAUAAUUGGGCUGUGGUCUGACCAUGUUAUAUAUUUUUUUCUAUUCUAUUUUUUUUUAACCAGAUUAAGUAUGGCCACAUUUCCUAAUAUAAGAUCAAUUCUAGAGAAAGGAUUGAUUGUUCUAGAGUAACAUGUAAAAUCAAUCUCAGGAGGAUGAAAUGUUCUCCAUAUGUCUGAGAUAAUAUUUAUUUAGUAGUUUUUUUUUUUUUUUUUCUAGCUUUGGUUUCUUUAUAGUUAGAAAAAAACUACUAUGCAAUUAAAAUCACCCAUAAUUAAUAUCCUCCCUAUUUAAUCUGAUUUUCUUCAGUAUUCUUGCAAUAAAUAUUGUUAGGGACUUAUUUGGUGCAUAGAUACAGCUGCAAGAAAAAGUAUGUGAACCCUUUGGAAUGAUAUGGAUUUCUGCACAAAUUGGUCAUAAAAUGUGAUCUGAUCAUCAUCUAAGUCACAACAAUAGACAAUCACAGUCUGCUUAAACUAAUAACACACAAAAGAAUGAAAUGUUGCCAUGUUUUUAUUGAACACACCAUGUAAACAUUCACAGUGCAGGUGGAAAAAGUAUGUGAACCCUUGGAUUUAAUAACUGGUUGAAGCUCCUUUGGCAGCAAUAACUUCAACCAAACGUUUCCUGUAGUUGCAGAUCAGGCGUGCACAACGGUCAGGAGUAAUUCUUGACCAUUCCUCUUUACAGAACUGUUUCAGUUCAGCAAUAUUCUUGGGAUGUCUGGUGUGAAUCGCUUUCUUGAGGUCAUGCCACAGCAUCUCAAUCGGGUUGAGGUCAGGACUCUGACUGGGCCACUUCAGAAGGCAUCUUUUCUUCUGUUUAAGCCAUUCUGUUGUUGAUUUACUUCUAUGCUUUGGGUCAUUGUCCUGUUGCAACACCCAUCUUCUGUUGAGCUUCAGCUGGUAGACAGAUGGCCUUACGUUCUCCUGCAAAAUGUCUUGAUAAACUUAGGAAUUAAUUUUUCCUUCGAUGAUAGCAAUCCGUCCAGGCUCUGAUGCAGCAAAGCAGCCCAAAACCAUGAUGCCCCCACCACCAUACUUCACACUUGGGAUGAGGUUUUGAUGUUGGUGUGCUGUGCCUUUUUUUCGCCACACAUAGUGUUGUGUGUUUCUUCCAAACAACUCAACUUUGGUUUCAUCUGUCCACAGAAUAUUUUGCCAGUACUGCUGUGGAACAUCCAGGUGCUCUUGUGCAAACUGUAAACGCGCAGCAAUGUUUUGUUUGGACAGCAGUGGCUUCCUCUGUGGUAUCCUCCCAUGAAAUCCAUUCUUGUUUAGUGUUUUACGUAUUGUAGAUUCGCUAACAGGGAUGUUAGCAUUUGCCAGUGACUUUGUAAGUCUUUAGCUGACACUCUAGGAUUCUUCUUCACCUCAUUGAGCAGUCUGUGCUGUGCUCUUGCAGUCAUCUUUACAGGACGGCCACUCCUAGGAGAGUAGCAGCAGUGCUGAACUUUCUCCAUUUAUAGACAAUUUGUCUUACCGUGGACUGAUGAACAGCAAGGCUUUUGGAGAUACUUUUAUAACCCUUUCCAGCUUUAUGCAAGUCAACAAUUCUUAAUCGUAGGUGUUCUGAGAGCUCUUUUGUGUGAGGCAUCAUUCACAUCAGGCAAUGCUUCUUGUGAAAAGCAAACCCAGAACUGGUGUGUGUUUUUUAUAGGGCAGGGCAGCUGUAACCAACACCUCCAAUCUCAUCUCAUUGAUUGGACUCCAGUUGGCUGACAUCUCACUCCAAUUAGCUCUUGGAGAUGUCAUUAGUCUGGGGGUUCACAUACUUUUUCCACCUGCACUGUGAAUGUUUACAUGGUGUGUUCAAUAAAAACAUGGCAACAUUUCAUUCUUUGUGUGUUAUUAGUUUAAGCAGACUGUGAUUAUCUAUUGUUGUGACUUAGAUGAUGAUCAGAUCACAUUUUAUGACCAAUUUGUAUAUAUUAUUCCAAAGGGUUCACAUACUUUUUCUUGCAACUGUAUUAACUAGUGUGAAGAUUUUGUUAUUUAUUACACAUACUAAAAUAUACUGGAGCACUGGAAGAAGGCGAUCUUGCCGAAACGCGUCUGCUGACAGCACAGGCACUUUGCUAUUUUACUCUUUGGGUAACUAAAUAGGUGGUGAGUGAUACCUAGUGAGAAUUUUUUACUACCACUAUCUAUAUAUAUAUUAGUACCCAUUUUGUUAGUAUUACCAUUUUGCUUGUUCUAUUUUAUACAAUAAAGUAUUUUAUACUGAAGAUCCAUCAUAUUUUUUGCAUUCUGGGGAUAUUGAGACAUUUAGGUAUCUGUGGCACCCAAGAGCCUGUUAUAUAGAGCCUGUGACAGCUCUGGGCCAUGUGAGUGAUAUGCAUUUUCUGUUUUUAGGCUACCUGUGGUAACCUGUGUUCUUCAUCUUUAUGGAUAUAUGUUUGUAUUGAUAUUUUAUCUCUAUAAUAUUUUCUGUGUCACAGGUUUUCUCCUGGCUAGUAUAAACACAACAUUUUGGUAUAUACUAAAAUAAUGAAUUGUUCCUCUUGAUCUAAUUCUUGAUAUUUAAUAUAUACAUUUUAAGAAAACAUAAAAGCAAUGCCUCUUUUUUUUCUCUCUUCUAGAGCAGCAUUUACAAUAAUUGGGUGUUUUUCUUAAUUUAUACUGAUUUUGUCAGAUUUUUUCCAGUGAGUUUCUUGAAGCACACAGAUCUCUACUUGAUUUCCCCCCAAGAAAUCUAAAAAUAAAGAUAUUUUGAACAAUGUAUUGAUCCCACAGGCAUUUAUUGAAACUAGCUUAAUGUGUUGGUUUCUAUUUUUUUGUUACUUUUUACAUUAUUACAAAUUAAUAUAUAAAGUAAUACAUUGUUCAUUUUACAGUCUGUUCAGCCACCUCAUUUCAUUCCUUAACAAUUCAAAUCAUUUUGUAUAAGCAAAAAACAGGGAGCGAGAGAAUACUGAGAAUGGACAGCAGCCGAAAUAGCUUGUCCUUCGGUGGGUCCCCGCUCAGAUCUCAAGCUGGUUUUAGCUCAUCUUGUGCUAUUACAGAAAGAACAUCUCUGAAACAUAUCAGACUGGUCCCACCCAUAUAGGCAGUCCAGAUCCAAAAUGCCAGCAAGUUCCCUCUGCACGAGAGACACAGCAACCCCAGUCGAUCGUUUCAGCCUUGUUAGGCAUCAUCAGUGAGGCAUAGCUGAUAUCUCUCCAGGCAUUUUGUAUAAGCAACACAGUGGUCGUCCACAGCAGUAAAUGAUCACACAAUCCUUUAUACACAUUUAUAUGUCUUACACUUAUUCUAUUUCUCAAUCUAAUGGUUUAUACUCCCUCCUGUUCUAUCUAUAUAUUGGCUAGUUAGUAUCGAUUUUGGUCAAACUGUAAGUACGUCAUUAUCCAUGGUGACUCUAAAACAAAUAUAAUCAAAAACACAGAAUAAAUAAUAUAGAAAAACAAAUAAGAACAAAUAAAAACAAAAAAUAGAUAAAAACAAAUACAUGUGCUAAUCCUUUUUUCCAUAAGUUUGCAAUUUCAACAUUUUUUUUUUUAGCAAAUCUAUCCAGACAACUGUUAGUUCUUCUCCCCUUCUGCUGCCCCUAUCAAAUUUGAAAUAUUUUAUCACUCAAUAACACUAUCUUCAGUGAGUAUUGAAUAUCUUUAUUCCUAAUUGAUUUCUCCUUGCUACCUACUUUUCAACUAUCAUUUUCCCCCAGAUUUAAAAAAAAAAAAAAUGGUUUGGUUACCUAUUAUCCUAUAUGCGAUCUCCUCAUAAUUGUUUUGUAUUAGAAAUCUUUUCCUUUAUUGUAUGUAUUGAUGGCACUUGUGUUGUUUUCCAUAAGCUAGCUAUUGCAAUUUUUGUGGCCAUUAAGAUAUGUAUCAUCAUUGUGGUUUCCUGCUUCAAUAGCCUCUCUGGCAUAAUAUGUAACAAAUAGAUAUCUGGUUCUAGGGGCACCAAAAUAUUUGAAACAUUAAAUAUCAAUUGUUGAAUAUGUUUCCAUAUAGCAGUAAUCAUUUCACAGUACCAAAACAUAAGGGGCAUAGACCCCUCCGCUUCCCCGCACCUCCAACAUAUCUCCAAAUUCCCUGGAUAUUCUUACCCAUCUUUGGGGUGUCAUAUAUCAUCGUGACCAUAUUUUAUAUGUUGCCACUAUGUGUUAUGUACUGUGAGUGGUGACAUUGGUCAGUCUCAUAGCCCUAUACCACUGCGAGGAUUCCCAUUCCUUGUUUAAUUCCUUCUCCCAUUCUAACAUAAAAUACAGUUAAUCAGCUUUUGCUUUGUUUAAUAAUUCUCUUUAACCCCUUCAGACCGGAGGACGUACAAUUCCGCCCUAUUUUAGGCGUCUCUAAACGCCGCCGGGCGUAAUUGUACGCCCUCCGGUUUUUGUUCACUUACCCGGUUGCCGGCGGUCCCACGCCGGCGAUCGAGGUGGGGGGGACUCCCAGGGAGCCCCCCCGCUGCAGAUCCUCCUCCUCCGGUGCCCCCCGGCCAUGUGAGAGUGGGGUCCUUGCGAGGACCCCACAAUCACAUGGCCGGGUAGGCUGCCUCCUGCAUUGCCAGCAGGGGGGCUGCCUGUAAUAACAGGUGGUCCCCCUGCUGGCUGAAAAUAAAAUAAAAUUUAUUAGUGUAAAAAAAAAAAAUAUAUAUAUAUAUAUAUAUAUACUUAGAUCAUAUAUAUAUAUAUGAUCUAAGUAUAUAUAUAUAUACACAUAUACAUACACACAUACACUGUCUAGGUGUAUUUUACUAUAUAUAUAUAUAUAUAUAUAUAUAUAUAUAUAUAUAUAUAUAUAUAUAUAUAUAUAUAUAUUAAUAUCAAAUUACACAUAGACUGAUAUUGAUUAAAUAUAUAUAAUUAUUGUUAUAUAUAUAUUUAUAUAUAAUAUAAAAAAAUUAAAUAUGUAAAUACGUUAAAAAAUAAAAUUAAAAAAUUAUUAAAUUUUUUUUUUUUAAAUGUAUAGAUGUGUUAUUUCGUUCUAACUGUAUUGUGAUAUUAAUAUAUAUAUUUAUAUCAAAAUACACAUAGAACGAAAUAAUAUAUAUAUCUACAUACAUAAAUAUAUCACUAUAUAUAUACCUAUAUAUAAAUAAAAAUAUUAAAAAAAAUAUAUAUAGACACAUAUAGAUUCACAUAUGUAUAUAUAGAUAUAUUAAUUCUACAUAUAUAUUUAUGUAAUAUUUUUACAUAAUUAGGUAUCUUAAUUAAUAAUAAUUAGCGGGACCUGCCUGACAACCCAUGCCGAAAGUAAAGGGAAUUUAAUUUGCUAGCACUAUAUUUAACCCUAUAACUUUCCAAGACACCAUAAAGCCUGUACAUGGGGGGUACUGUUCUACUCGGGAGACUUCGCUGAACACAAAUAUUAGUGUUUCAAAACAGUAAAAUGUAUUACAACGAUGAUAUCGCCAGUAAAAGUGAAGUUUUUGCAUUUUUCACGCACAAACAGCACUUACACGGACGAUAUUAUUGCUGCGAUACUUUUUACUGUUUUGAAACACAAAUAUUUGUGUUCAGCGAAGUCUCCUGAGUACAACAGUACCCCUCAUGUACAGGUUUUAUGGUGUUUUCAAAAGUUACAGCAUCAAAUAUAAGGCUUGCGUUUCAUUUUUUUCACAUUAAAAUUCGCCAGAUUGGUUAUGGUGCCUUUGAGACCCUAUGGUAGCCCGAGAAUGAAAAUUACCCCUAUGAUGGCAUACCAUUUGCAAUAGUAGACAACCCAAGGUAUUGCAAACGGGGUAUGUCCAGUCUUUUUUAGUAGCCACUUAGUCACAAACACUGGCCAAAAUUGGCGUUUUUUUGCAUUUUUCACACACAAACAAAUACUAAUCCUAACUUUGGCCAGUGUUUGUGACCAAAUGGCUACUAAAAAAGACUGGACAUACCCCAUUUGCAAUACCUUGGGUUGUCUACUAUUGCAAAUGGUAUGCCAUUAUGGGUGUAAAUUUAAUUCCUGGGCUACUAUAAAGUCCCAAAGGCAACAUAACCAAUCUGGUGAAUUUCAAUUUCAAAUGUAAUGUGCUAUAUUUGACCCUGUAACUUCCCAAAGCGCCAUAAAACCUGUACAUAGGGGGUACUGUUUUACACGUGAGACUUUGCUGAAUACAAAUAUGUGUAUUUUAUUGCAGUAAAAGCAAACAGUAUUAUGACAUUGACAGUUAAAAUGUCACGUAGAACUAAAAAAGAUAAAAAAAAUCUUAUUUUCUCCCAUUAUUUUCAUAUUAAAUUAUGUUUCAUAGCUAAAUAUUUGAUAUUAAAUGAAAGCCCUGUUUCCCCUGAAUAAAAUGAUAUAUAAUAAGGGUGGGUGCAUUUAAUAUGAAAGAGGUGAAUUACGGUUGGACAGACAUGUAGCGCAAAUGCCAGGUUUUGUUUACAUUUUGUUUCGUUCACAACGUGUACAUUUGGCUCAGUCCUUAAGGGGUUAACAUAUUGAAAGAGCUUGGGAUCUCCCCUCGAGGCAUAAUUUACUAAAUUAUCACCUCUACCAAUUAAAAUUUUAUUAAAAUGUGUUUCAUUCUGAAAUAUGUAUAUAGCUCCCUAUUAUUUAAUCCGUAUUUGGUUUGUAUAUCUGGGAAUUGAUAUAUAUUCGUACCUGUUAUUAAAUGUUGAACUUUUAUCCCAUUUUUUCUCCAUGUUGAUACAUUUAAAUCUUUUGUGUAGUAAAUUAGACUUUGCAAAGUUCCAUAGUAAAUAUAGUUAUCUUUUCUCAAACGUUUAGGGACCCAAUUCCUCUACAUCAACAAAGAUGUUUGUGUUGCGGAUAUAAAAUUAAGAUUUGCAGAUUCUGCUCGGUGUGCUACCCACAUAAGGUUUAAUAUCUCAUGGCAAUAGAUUGUUCUAUUGUAUGCCAUAGUGGUGUGUUGUUCUUAUCUAUUAGCGCCAAUGUUUCUGCAAGUAAGGAUGCUCUAUAAUAUUUCUGAAUGUGCGGUACUCCCAUACCACCCUCUGUGAUUUUAUGGCUCAUUGUGUUUAAUUAUAUCCUUAGGGGUUUACGUUUCCAGUUGUGUGCAUUUAUAAUAUUCUGGAAUUUUGUUAAAAUUAACUUAGGGAUCAUUAUUGUUAUAGUUCUAAAAAGAAAAAUAAUCUGUGGUAGGAUGCACAUUUUAAUGGAAAAUUCAUCCCACCCAUUAGGUAGUGCCCUGGUCCCAAUGCUGUAAUGUGUCUUGUACCUCUCUCAAUAAUUUGCAAUGAUUAUUCUCUAUCACAACCUGUUUCGAAACUGACAGCUGAAUUCCCAAAUAUUUUAUCGAAUUCUUUCUCCACUCAAAUGGGUAUUCCGUUUUCAACAACUGCAUUGUUGAUUGGCGCAUAUUUCUAGGUAAAGCUUGGGUUUUAACAAUAUUGUUUUUAUAAUAUGUAGGGUUGUAAAAACAUUUGUCUUCUUUGGCAAUUUGGACCAAUGGCAUUCGGUUUGGUUCAGAACUUCGGUAAUUAGGAUCCUAACACUAACCCCUAACCACUUGUUUUGCCCCUUGCCCCUAACCCUAACCACUUGUUUUGCCACUUUUUAGAAAUCCAAAGCACUUCUGCAAUUCGGAACUUCGGACAUUUGUAAGCAUCCAAAUGUCCGAGUUACAUGUAAGUCGUCUGAAUGUACAUUCAGAAUUAAACUAAUUGCACAUGGGUAAUAAUAUGACACUGUGCCAUAAUCUUUCAAUAAAUCCAUUAGCGAUUUUAUUGCAUUAUAUGGCUUUGUGAGUAUUAUCAGGACAUCGUGCACAAAUUAAGCAAGUUUUUGGGACCCAUAUGUGUGCUUAAUCCCGUUAUUGGAUCAUGUUUUAUUAUUUUAUAUGCUAAAGAUUCAAGGGUCAAAAUAAAAAAUAAUGGAGAGAGAGGACAGCCCUGUCUCGUGCCAUUAGCAAGACAGAACUUUCGUGAUACAAACCCUGAGUUUACAACUCGAUCAAGUGCCACCAGAAGUCCCUCAAUUUUUUGUCUUUUCAUUAUUUCCAAUAUAUCGAUGAACCUUCUGGUAUUGUCAUCCGCCUGUCUCACUGGCAAAAAGCCUGUUUGUCCUCCUCCUAUCAAUUUAGACCGUAGUGGUUUUAAUGUUAAUGCCAUAACUUUUACAAACAAUUUUAUAUCUGCAUUAAGCAAUGGUAUAUGUCUUAGGCUAGCUCAGCUAGAGGGUGAUUUUUCUGGUUUAAGCAAUGUAAUUAUAUUGGCUUCCAAUAGUUCCGGAUGCAUCUCUCCUGAAUCUAAGAUGCAAUUAAAAAGGUUUAUAAGCUUUGGUAUCAUUUCCUUUGCAAAUUUAAAAUAAUAGUUAGGGAACCCAUCUGGGCCUUGCGCUUCAUGUUUUUUGUUUUUUUUAUUGCCUUCCAUACUGCCUCUGCUUUUUUGUGUUGUGUUGGUUUCUAAUAGCUCUUGGGAAUCUUUCUCUAAAUCUUUCCUUAGGUUUACAAAGAAAUUAAAUAUUGUUACAUUAUUCAAAGGUUACAAAAAUAGACAGGUUGUUACAAAUUAUUGGAGCCAACCGAAAACACAAACCCAUACAAUAUCCAGAGUACAAAAAUCCAUUACUCGGAUAGAUGUUCCAACUAUUAACGUAUUUGAACUAGUAGACUUUCGAGGGAAACAUUUGUAUGAAAAAGAAAGACACCCACAAAAUAAACUCUACCUAAUACAAAACCAAAUUAUUACAUGAGUUGCGCCAUAAUUAAAUAAUUUCCUCAUGUCCCAUACCACGCUCAGAUUCUUUGUUGGUUGCUGCACUAUAUGAUUUCUUUCUGCACAAAAUAUUUUCUUUUGCACAUUAUAUUGGUAAAUGGAAAAAAAAAAUUUGGGCAAGAUUAGUGUGUUUUCAAUUUGACUUACUCAUGUUAAAAUAGCACUUAAAGUGAUACACGCACAAUAUUUUUAACAUUACAUAUUAGAACUUUAAUACGUUUUUAAAUUAAUAAAUUUUGUGUGCCCUUGUUUUUUCACUUCUUUAUCUUGCUUUUGUAAAAUUUGCCCUUCUGAUUUGAAGAAAUGUGUCACUGAAAAAAACAGCAAAUGUUCUGCCAGAAAACAAUAAAAAAAAGAAAGAAAGAAAGAAAGAAAGAAAGAAAUGAGGGGAAAUGAAAAAUAAAUUGAGGUUUCCUAUACUUAUCCAGAAGGGGCGUGGAGAUAUGUUCUCUCCUAAGGAUGAGACUAAUAAUAUGCUGUGUUGUCAUAACAAAAUAUCAGUGUGACUAGAAAAUCCAGCUAAUUACACUAACCUUGUAACACGUUACCGCAUAGCUGGUGAGACUUUGUUUAAACCAGCCAACAAGCUGGAUCGAUCUGAUUUUGUGUGUGGUUAUUUUUUUUGUUUUGUUUCUUAAAUUUGCAUCAGAAUAUUCAUGCACAUCAGUAGACAAUGUCUGUUUGGUGAGUAAAAAGUAUUGUUUUUUCCAACGUUAAUAGUUGUGGAAAAAAUAAUGCCUAAUCCUCUAGGUCAGUGUUUCCCAACCCAGUCCUCAAGGCACACCUACCAGUCCAGGAUUUAGGGAUUACCCAGUUGUGUCUAAGGUGUUUUUACAAAGAAGAAAAAAAACACCUUAGACACAACUGGGUAAUCCCUAAAUCCUGGGCUGGUAGGUGUGCCUUGAGGACUGGGUUGGGAAACACUGCUCUAGGUGUUGUGUGAUUGUAAGUGAGUAUGUAUGAGAUUAUAGUUUGUGUUUACAGGGAAUAUAGUAUAUUUAUAGGGGAUGUAGUGUAUGUGCAUAGGUAUUGCACUUUGUGUGUAUGUGUAUUGGGGCACGCUUUGUGUAUGGUGGUGUAGUUUAUUUGCAUAAAGUGUGUACUGUGUUAUUAAAACAAAAAGGACAUUCAAUGUAACUUUUUACAUGCCAAUACCCUGUGAUCCAGUGGCCUGUGCAGGCCAUGAAUACCUCUCUCACAAGCUCUAGUACUUGUGUCAAAGAGUUGCUGUGAUAUUCUGUGGCUAUAUUCUAAUUUGCCAAAGCUCAGGAGACAGGUAGACCACAGACUGCCAGGAUACCUCCCCACCUCCCCCAGCAAUAGAGAAGGGCAGACUGUCUGCAAUAGCAAGCUACCAGACCCCUCCCGGUGUCGGGACCUCAUUCCAUAACGGAGUGCAUAACCGGUCAGCCUGCCCCUGUCUUUGACUCAGUCAUGUAUUUAAAGGGGAAGGCUUGAAUUUUAAAUAGGCAAAAAGUGCUGUGACAAAUAUCAGCUCUGUGCAUCUAAUUUUAUGUAAGGCUUCUUUAUGAGUUGAUGAGGCUCUCUGAUCCAGCAUUCCUUAAAUAAACAUACCUGGUGUCAAAACAUGAAUACAACUCCUUAUGCUUUGCCUACCUAUAUUCUAGGCAACACAUUUUUUUCAAUUGAAUGUGAUGACAUAGUAACAUGGCAGGGCCAGUGUUGAUGUAAAAUUGAUACUUCUUCCAAUAACAUAGCAAUUUGUCUGUAUUACCAAACAGUACACAAUUUAAUUACCAUCUGCAUCAUAUAUAUAUAUUUUUGAUUCUUUAUUUUUGUUGUGCUGUGCAAGAACAAGUAUAACAUGUCAUACUUUUUAAAGUCAACAGUAAAAUCAUAUCUAGUACACAAGGCAUGUAACGACAACAGCAUAUCUUUUAGAUUAAAGAAGUAGUUCGUGCUAGCUGUAAACAUAAGACAGCUUAGUGAGUAGAGCAAGCAUGUCAAACUUGCAUGCGGCCCACCAUGGACAUCUUUGCUGCCCUGCGAGCCGCAAGUACAUGCUUACUGUUAAAGCCAAGUAGGUACCUGCUUUCUCCACAUUGCAGGUGCCUACUCUGCAGAAAUCUACCUGGCCGGGGAGGAAGCAGGAUGCUGGCGGCAGCAAGGGAGCUCAGUCUUCCUGCUCCUCACUGUUCCCUUGCGCUCGCCGUCUGUAGCCGUCUAAACUGCAUGCAGAGGAGCAGUGAGGAGCCGGAGGGAGACCUCCCGAGAGUAGAUCCCCACUGGACCCCAGGGAAUGAUGUGAGUGUGUGCAACGAUGUUUAAAUGUGUGUUUGUCUGUGUGUGUCCGUCACUGAGUGAGUGUGAGUGUGUCUGUGUGUGUAUCAGUGAGUGUGUCUGUGUGUGUGUGUAUGUAUGUGUGUCUGUCAGUGAGUGUGUCUGUGUGUGUGUGUGUCUGUCAGUGAGUGUGUGUCUGUGUGUGUGUUGAUCUGUCAGUGAGGCACCUCCAGGACGCGACGUUGAUGUGCUCCACCUUCACAGGGUUUCAAGCAGUAGCGUGAGGGUUCGCCUUGGCACAGGGUGCAGACAGCGCCACUUGGGGUAUACCAGAGGCCGGACUCCGGAGUAGCAUAGUGCCUGCGGCAAUGUGAGUGGAGUCUGCUUGUUGGCUAGAGGGUGAGGACUGGUAUUUAGUAUAGAUGGAGGACUGGGAUUUAGUAUAUGGGGGGACUGGGAUUUAGUAGAGGGGAAUGCUGUUUUUUUUUUUAUACUGUACAUUUCAAAAUAUUCCUACGUUUCUAUGAAAAUGUAAUUUAAAAAAAAAAAACUUAAACCUUGUUUAUUUGGCCCGUGCUAGACUUUGAGUUUGACAUGCUUGGAGUAGAGCAUAUGCACUGAAAGGAGUUGCUGAAUGAGAAAUGAGAGAUAGAUAUAGAAUAUUUUCAUCAAAGAGUGAAACCCUCAGGAGGCACCCCAUUUAGGUAAGAACUAAAUGUCCUGCAUGCAGAUAGGGAUAGACAGGCAGGAACUCCAGAUGCCACUCUGAGAUACAUUGCUAGAGAGAGAGAGCGUCCCAUGUUCGCAACUGAAAGCAACAUGGCCCUUACAAGGGAUGGUUUCACACCUUCCACACAGCCUUGCCUUGUGGACCCUCAGGUAUGGUGGCAGACUUUAUGCUCCGCUCCAUGGGUCUCAGCUGGGUGUCCGCUGCUGAUUUGCACUAUAUUUUGUAUUUUCUCUUUUUGUUUUUUAGGUACUGAACAAUUUUCUGUGCAUAUUAAUACAAACAUGGGGUAAGUUAUCCCCUUAUGCUUGCACUUUAGCACUCCACUACAGGUAUAAGUACCAUUAGAAGGGGUAUAAUUGCAUGACGUGGAUGACGUGAUGACGCUCACGCUGGGAGGGAAGGAGCUGGGACCGGACCGGACCGGAGAGAUCGGAGGGAAGAGAAGGCGAGAUGCUAAGCCAGUAACGCCAUUGCCACCUUGCUAGCAUGGAGCCUAGGCAGGCUGAUAUUUAUCUUUCCAACUGACCCAGCAGCAUGAUACCAGACAGGAUGACAGCUAAAUGAUCCAGGCGGACAUCCAGGUUGAUACCUGAUUGAGUGAGAUUGCUUCCCUUUUUUUUUCUUUAUUAUUUUUUUUUUGGCAUGUUAUGCCAAAAGGAAGAUAUAACACGGUGAAUAAUUGCUGCACAUAGCAAGACUUUCUCAACGUUUUUCAGCAAUAAAUAGUACAAAAACCGAAAUAAAACAUGUGAGACCUUAGAAUGGCAUAAAAGGCAUGUUAUGUUACUGGAUGGUCUCGUUGACUCAGUUUCACAUAUAUAACACACAUACAGCUGAUACUGAUUGAUUGCCCUGGGCUACCUAGAACAUAGAGGGGAAUCAGUAAAAAAAUUUUUUUCUGUUUUCCUCCUUCUUACUAGUUUAAAAUAAGUUUUCCUGUCGGCAUACUCUCCUUUAUUUCAUAAAUUUAAAGUGAUAUGUCUUCCAAAAAAGCUCAAGAGAGUAAAGUUUUAACAAAAGCUGAUAAGAAAGGCCAGAAGCAAGAAAAAAGAUUAUCGGCUUUUUUUGUCCCACAAGAUAACCAAGAAUGCUUGGAGCAAUCAUCUUUGGAAUCUCUUCAUACAGGGGUUUCUGUUUCACCUAUUAAAGUUAUGGAUAAAGAAGUAGUUACUCCUACUUUUUUAAAGAAAUGUUUGGAAGAUUUUUCUAAAGAUAUUAAAAAAGAUUUGAGUGAUAAAUUUUCUGAUAUAAAAAUGGACUUAGCUGUGUUAAAGUAACGUAUUCAUAAACUAGAAGAAAAGGAAGAAGAUAUAGUAUUCCAGCUUCAGGCAGUAAAGGACACUCAACUCAAGACGGAAUUAAAAAUGAAAGAAAUGGAAGACAAAAUGUGUGAGCUGGAAGACAGAUCAAGAAAGUUGAACAUAAGGUUCAGAAAUAUACCUGAGGAAAUAUCAAAUGCUCAACUAUAUGAUUUUUUAAUAAAUUAUUUUAACUGUUUGGGGAUCCUUACGGCACAGCAAGAUAUAAAGAUGUCUCGGUACCACCGUCUUUCCUAUAGAAAGAAAGAUCAGCUGUAUCCACGUGAUGUUAUCGCAGCGUUUGUUUCAUAUGAUCUCAGGACUCAGAUCCUUCAGUCAGCGAGGAAGAUGAAGAUAAAUGAUGAAAAGUUUACAGCAAUAAAAGUGCUAACAGAUGUCUCUUAUCUAACGAGGCAAAGAAGAAAUUCAUUUUCCACGGUCUUUCCGUAUCUGAAGAAAUUCAACUUAAAGUUUAAAUGGACCGCUCAAUCAGUUUUACUAAUUUGUUAUAACGAUAUUUGGAAGUCUUUCAAGUCAGUAGAUCUGGCUCAUGUCUGGUUAAAAGAUAUCGAUAUGUAGUUUUAGGUAUUAGUCUGUCAGGCGAUGUGAUGUGUUCGUGCUCUUGCAUGGAAAAUAGAGGGUAAGGGAGGGGGAAGAGAUAAGAGGUUAUACUUUUUUUUUUUUUUCCUCUCAUGUGGAAAAGGUCAUGGGACUUAAGAGCGUAUUUACAAUCCCUCUAAAGGGAUAACUUGUGGUAAUAUUUUAAUUUGGUGAUAUCACGGUAAUAUAUAUGAGAGCACAAGAGUGAAUAUAUGCCUAGGUUCUAAGAUUGUAUUUAUAAUGCCCUUAAUAGGGAUAAUAUGUGUAGUAGUUUAUAAUGGUAAUAUUGGAGCAAAGAUUCUGAUGAUAGCACCACAAAUAGUAAACUACUUAGAAUUGUUUGGUUUUUAUAUUUCAGAGGUUGAGAGUGUAUACACAAUGGUCCUAUCAGGGAUAAUAGAAAAAUUAAGGGAAAUAUCAGGAGUGGUGUAACAAAUAAAGAGUAAUUUUCUUUUUUCACGUGAAAAAAAAUCUUGGUGUUAUCACCAGAAAUAUAUGUGAUCACAAGGGUGAUUAGAAUUCUGGGAGUUAAGAGUGUAUUUAGAAUGCCCUAAAUGGGAAAAAUUUGUGAUGUAGUUUAUAUUGGUAAGAAUGGUGUAAAGAUCUUGAUGAUAGCACUGUACACAGUAAAUUAUUUAGAAUUAUCUAUUAUUAAUACUUUAGAAGUUGAGAGUGUACUCACAAUGGCCCUCAAAGGGGCAAUAGGAAAAUUAGUGAUAUUACUGGGAGUGGUAUAAUUAAUAUAGAGUACUCCAAUUUAGAUAUAUAUUUUGAACGGUGUAGGUUUUUGACAAUUUUUAAGCGAGAUUUUCAUUAUGGACUUUUUUUUUCUCUUCUUCCACCUCUCUUUCUUUCUCGUUAUAAGAAAUUCAGUGUUUCCAUGCUCAUUCCUGUGGGAGUCUAUGGGAUUCUCAGUAUGUGGAAUAUUAUUUUUGGUAUUCCAGCUGUUUAUGUAGAUUUUAUUGUCUUAUUGUUGUAUUGUCAGAUGUGUAGUAUGUUUAACUGGUCUCAUGUGUUGCAGAAGUGGUCAAGGAGCCCUAAGAAGAAAUAUAGAUUAAGUGAUGGUUAGAAUCUUAACUAUUAAUGCCCAAGGCCUCAACUCUCCUCUUAAACGAGGAUAUUUGUUUAAUACCCUGGUUAAUCAGAAAAUCCAAGUAGGGUUUAUUCAGGAAACCCACUGGUUAGGGGAAGCUAGAAAAAUAUGGUUUUACAAAAAAUAUCCUGUGAUUUAUUCUGCUUCCUUAAAAGGAAAAAAGAAAUGUGGUGUAUCUAUAAUCUUUUCUAGAGAAGUUAUCUUUGAUUGCUGUUAUAAUCAUCUAGAUCCGGAAGGGAUUUUUAUUAUUUUAGUGGGUCAAAUGUAUGGGUUGGAUUACACUCUGGUCAAUGUAUAUUUACCUAAUAAAGAUCCAAUUAAAACAUUGACGAAAAUCUUGGUCUGGUAGAACAGGUUAAAAAAGGUAGAGUCAUUUUCGCAGGCGACUUUAACUGCAUUUUUUAUACCUUUUGGGAUAAACAAUUGGCUAAAAAUCAGAAGAUAGAUAAAUCUCUUAAAAAGCAGGCAGCGUCGUUAAGUAGAGUGAUUAAGAAAGCGGAUAUGUUCAACUGUUGGAGAUUGUUUCACCCCAAUGAAAGAAAUUUUAUGCACAGAUCUAUCCCUCAUAAUUCGGGAAAUCUAAAUUUAGUUCAGGCAAUUUCUUUAAUUUCUAUCGUUGAAAAUACUUGGUCUGACCAUGAUAUGGUAAUCGCAGAUCUGGCGGAAAUUAAUAAGAGACCUCUGCAGAUCUGGAGAUUGGCAGAUUAUUUGCUAAAAAAUAAAGCAAAUGUAGAACACAUAGAGAAGUUAAUUGAUUUCUUUAUUAAGGAGAAUUAAUCUGAUGAUGUAUCUAAAUAAUGUUUAUGGUCCUCCUGUAAAGUAGUCAUCAGGGGAUAUUAGAUAAAACUUGCAAGUUUCCAAAAAAGGAAUGUAGACAAUAUUUUGUCUGAUCUCUAUAUUCAAUUUUAUAAUCUCUCUAAAGCUAAUAAACAAUUCUACUCUGAAGAGAGAGCCUUAGCUAUUAAAGUCUACCAAGAAAAGAGAAAUGAUCAGAUUAAGAAUAGGGUGAAACGUAAUCUAAAUAAGUUAAAUAUUAAAUAUUACUAUAAGAACAACCGGGUAGACUCAGUCUUAACAAACAAACUGAAGAAAAAGAUGACUGACCAUAAGAUCUCUAAAUUAAGAGAUGGAAUUAAUUACAUCUAUAAGCCUGAAGAAAUUGCCAGUAAAUUUAGAGAUUUUUAUCAAAAACUUUUAAACCUGAAUAAAUCCCCCGACCUAAGUUUGUUGGACAAUUAUUUGGAAAAUUCUAUCUAAGUUAUCUAAUGACUAGAUGGUGAAACUUAAUAGAAAUAUAUCUCAACAUGAAGUUGAGUUAGCAAUUGAUAAGCUUGUUAAUAGUAAAGCUCCUGGACUGGAUUGGUAUACGAAUUUGUUUUUUAAGGUUUUUAAAAGACAAUUACUUCCGUUGUUAACUGAUACAUUUAACGAAUUGGCAAUCAAAGGGAAUGCAUCUCAAGAUUUAUGAAGGGCACAUAUUACUCCAAUUCUGAAACAGUGCAAAAGUCCAGAUGAUGUGAGUAAUUACCGUCCUAUUUCUCUGGUUAAUGUGGACAUGAAACUUUAUGCCGCAAUUUUAGUGGCACGCUUGAAAACACUUUUGCCAUCACUUAUACAUAGGGACCAGAUAGGUUUUAUGCAGGGAAGGCACUCCUCAAAUAACACCCGUAGGGCUCUGGACAUUAUAGAAUGGGCUCAGGUUGAAGGAACCCCCCUUCUGACCCUGUCGGUGGACGCAGAAAAAGCUUUUGACAGGGUCGGAUGGGGGUAUCUGAAGAGAACCUUGUUACAGUUCGGUUUCGAAGGGUGGUUUUUGAAUGCGGUGGGAGCUAUAUAUUCGAAUCCCUCUGCCCGUAUAGUAGCCCGUGAUUUAUGCUGAGAUUGGUUCUAUAUUAAUAAUGGGACAAGACAGGGGUGUCCUCUCUCGCCUUUAUUAUAUGUCUUAUCAAUUGAACCACUAGCAAAUAAUAUUAGACAAAAUGCUGGGAUUAAAGGAUUAGGAACUCAACUUGAUGAAUGGAAGAUAUGUUUAUAUGCUGAUGAUAUCUUAAUUUCUAUUACGGAUCCACUGGUCUCUCUUUCUCAUUUAAUGCAAGAAUUUAACAACUAUAGUAGUGUUUCAAAUUAUAAUCUGAACACAAAUGAAACAAUAGCUAUGCCGAUUAAUAUACAUAAAGAUAAUUUAAUUUCCCUAAAGAAAGAUUUUGACUUUAAAUGGACAGUUUAUAUAUUUAGGGGUGAUUAUAACUGCAGAUAUAAGACGGACUAUGGAAAUUAUUUUUUUGAAAUUGUUAAAAGAGACUAAUAUGUUAUUAAAAGACUGGAGAGUGCAUGAAAUCUCCUGGUAGGGAAGGAUAAAUACUAUCAAAGCCUAUAUAAUUCCUAAAUGGGCAUACCUAUUCAGUAUACCAAGAAUUAGUACAUAUACUCUAUCAAGGAAGGCCCACCAGGGGGGAUUGGGUUAACCCCUAGUUAAUCAAAUCGAUCAGGCUAAUAUGCUUGUUCAUGCCAGUAAUUUACAACUAAGUGAUUCUAUAGACCAAGCUUGGUAUAAAAUUGAGGCAGCCAGCCUUGGUUUAGAUAAUCUUGAAUUCCUCUUAUGGAGAGAGGCAAGUCAGAAUAAGCAUUUGUGCGAGAUUAGUUCUCAUUUUCCUUUGUCUCUAUCACAGACAUUAAAAGAAUGGACUAAUAUAAAGAAGAAGUUGAAUAUUAAUAAAAAAAACUAUAUGAGAACCUCAGUCUAAGGUCCUUAGAAUGUUUUAUGCUAGAGAUAAAUCUGACGAACUGGUUUAAAGAUCCUAAUUAUAAGAUAAAAGAUCUUUGUAAUGAUCACCAAUUGAAAAGCUUUGAAGUUAAGAAAAACUGGUUAGAUUUACCCUCUAGAGAAUUAUAAAAUUUUCUUCGUAUUAAGAGCUAUUUGAAAGAUAACAUAUUGGUAUUAGACGGCCGUUUUGGAAAAUUGUUUAGGAAACUUUUUUCAGGGUGUAAGGUUAAAAAGAUAUUCUCUAUUGCAGUUGAACUAAUAAAAAUGAAGGGGACUCCAUUUAUCCCCAAAGCUUUAACCAAAUGGGAAACUGACCUAGCAAUAUCCAUUCCAUUUAAUAGUUGGUGUAAAUCCUUUAUGAGGACUAAAAAAAACAUUCAUUGCCUGAAUAUUCUAGAGACUUUCACUAAAAUAUUGUAUAGAUGGUACUUGGUACCGACUAGACUUGCUAAAAUAUCUAUUACUAAUCCAUCUAAUUGUUGGCGGUGUCUACACCCAGAUGGUUCUAUGUUUCAUAUAUGGUGGACCUGCCAUCGAAUUAAGUCUCUUUGGAGUAUUACAUUUGAAUUUAUAUAUAGAAUUGGAGGUAUACAGUUGGAACACAAACCGGAAAUUGCCUUACUCCAUUUUAUGGGCUUAGAAAUAAAGGAUAAUCUCGAUAUUGUGAUUAUACAUUGUUUAAUGGCUACCAAAAUAUUAAUUGCUAGAUUUUGGAAAAGCACUGAUAUUCCUACUAGAGAUCAAGUUAAAGCCCAACUCUUAUUCCAAGUCGAGAUGGAAAAGGGGUUAAUUUACAUGAGAGAAUAUCCCAAUUUUAAUAUUUUAAUGUUUUAUUCCAUUCUUGUUGAAAAAAUUAAAGGGCUUCAAUGAGUUUGAGGAGGUGGGGUUACUCUCUAUGAUCACCUUAUGCCUAAUUGAUGAUUUCUUAGUGGGCACUACUACGGGGCUCCUUGACCACAUAUUUGAUAUUAGCUAAUGUAAUAUUGGAUCUGCAAUAUAUCUGACCGCUUCUGGACCAUGAUAUCCCUUCUCUGGGAUAUUAAUGUUAGUAUAUUAUUGUGUACUAGACGGCUUAUUUCUGAUGUAAUUUGAAAUAGAUUAAUAUACCUUUGUAUGUCUAAUGGGGAUAGGAGUCCUUAUUUUUUUUUCUGUAAGGUUCCUUUCCCCAGAUGUUGUUAUGUCUAUCAAUAUUUCCAUAAAAAAUUUAAUAAAAAUAAAUUAAAGUAAAUAGAAGGGGUAUAAUUGCUGCAGUGUGUGGGGAAGAGGGUAUCCUGCACUAAUGUGUAGAGCUGCUAUUUUUAUACGUAAAGCACUUUUUGAAGUAACACACUUUCUCCUUAACCCCUUCCUGACUGCGAACAUAUCAGGUACGUCCGACAAAAAACGUCCUUUAGGACAGCGAACGUACCUGAUACGUCCGCGGCUAAUUAGAGCGCUGGUAGCAAUCAUGAACGCUUCCAGCCACUCUGAUGGUUUUGCAGCGAUGCCUUGAUGUCAAGGUAGGGAUUUGUAAAAUUGUGAGACCCAAAGGCUCUUUUGAACGUCAUUAACCCCUUUCUUGCCAGUGAUCAGUGUAUAGAUCAUCGGCUCUUGGACAGCAGCACUUAUUUUGCUGUCUGUGCAUUUUUUUAGGGGUUCAUUUUUUUGUUAUUUUUUUUUUUUGUGAGACCCAAAAGCUCUUUUCAGAGCUAUUAACCCAUAUCCUGCCAGUGUUCAGUAUAUAGAUCACCGGCUCUUGCACAGCAGCACUUAUUUUGCUGUCUGUGCAUUUUUUUUAGGGACUAAUUUUUUUGUGUGGUUUUUUGUGACAGAUCACUUAGUAAAGUGAUUGUGAUCAUGUCACAGAGGUCGUAUAGCACUGAGGAGGCAUAUGCCAUCCUUGCGUUAAAGUCUGACACGUCUGUGUGUGACUCCGACCAUGAUUUUGACCCUGCCAGGUGCUCAGAUGCAUCAUUAGAUACAGUGUCUGCUGCUAUUGAUGUAUCUAGUUGAUGUAUCUGUGGCUGCUAGUCCCCUGCCAGAAGGAGACGUGCUGCUCCAGCUGGGAGUACUGCUGAGGAGUGGGUAGUGCCUCAUCGCCAGAGGCAAAUCCUGGCAUCAAUUUGGAUGUCACAAGAUUUAUCCCUCAGCAGUUUAUGGAGGUGUUUUUGGGCGAUGAUGUAUUGGGGUCACCCAAAACUAAUUUAUAUGCCGAUCAGUUCCGUGCUGCAAAACCUGACUCUUUUUGCAAAGCAGCAAUGGGCCCCCAUCGAUGUGCCAUAAUUAAAAAAUUUCUGGGCAUUGACUAUGCUGAUGGGCAUCAUAAAGAAGCCCUCCAUCCACUCCACCCCUAUUUACUCCCAGUGUAUAUCGAGGAAGAGGUAUGAAAUGAUUCUACAUUUCAUGCACUUCAGCAACAACAGCCUGUGCCCCCAAGGGAGCAUCCCCAGUUUGACAGGCUGUAUAAAAUCCUCCCCCUGAUUACCCACUUGCCAGGUUUGCAGAGGCUUAUACACCUGGAAGGAAUAUAUGUGUGGAUGAUACCCUGAUGAAGUAUAAGGGAAGGCUGGGAUUCAAGCAGUAUAUUCCUUUCAAGCGUUUUAGGUAUGGUGUAAAGGUGUAUAAGCUCUGUGAUAGUGAGACUGGGUAUACUCAGUCCUUCCGGGUGUAUGAGGGAAAGGAUAGCCACCUUGUCCCUCCAGGUUGCCCAGAACAUAUGGGAACCAGUGGCAAAAUUGUUUGGGAUCUGAUAUUCCCCCGAUGAACAAAGGGUACCACUUGUAUACAGACAAUUUUUUAUACAAGUGUCCCUUUGUUCAAGCUACUGUAUUGUUUUGAUACAGUAGCUUGCAGUACAAUAAAAAAGAACUGCACAGGUUUCCCAGGACAACUUGCACGCACCCGGCUAUGAAGGGGGGAGACCUCAGCUCUGCGCAGAGAGGAGCUGUUGGCAGUUAAGUACAGAGACAAGAAGAAUGUGUACCUUCUUACCACCAUCCACACUGAGAGGACUGUGGAGGUCUUUGUACGUGGCAGAGCUGAGAGCACAAGGAAGCCAGUGUGCAUUAAGGCCUAUAACUGGCAUAUGGGUGGGGUUGAUCUUGCAGAUCAGCUGCUGCAGCCCUACCUAAUUAUACAGAAGAGAAAGGCCUGGUACAAAAAGGUUGCAAUCUACUUAAUGCAGAUUGCAACCCACAACGCUUUUUUUUGUUGAAAAAAGCAAACCCCGGAAUGCAACUGAGUUUUUUACAGUUUCAUCUCCAAAUCAUUUUGGAGAUUUUUAACCGUGAUGCACCUGCUCCCCAGGCGGUGAUGGGGCUACACAUUUUAUUUUUAAAAUCCCCCCCCCUACUGCGGCAAAGCAGAAUUCUCCCCAAAAAAUGCAGAGUCUGUUUUAAGAGGGGGCAGAGAAAAGAUACCGUAUAUUACUGUCCUGAUUGCCCUGGACACCUUGGACUCUGCAUUGGGGAUUGCUUCAAACGAUACCACACACUGGUGCAUUUUUUAUUUAUUUUUUUAACAUUUGCCGUUCAGGUUUUUUUUGGUUACAUUUACCCUAUGUAUGGGGGGCAUGGGUGUACUCAGGAGGCCUUGCAGAAAACAACCUGGAGUGUUUUCUUACAAUAACAACAGGUUAUCCUAAAUCAGUCAAAAAGCAAUGUGCGUGUAAAAAUGAAAAAUUACCACCACACACUUUCUCCAAUUUUUUAAGCUACAAUGGUUGCAUCAAAGCACUCCACAUACAAUACCUCGGGGUGUCUACAUUUCAAAUAUGUACACUUUCAUGGCAAUAAAUAAAACUGGGGUACGUGAUAAGCCCCAAACUAAAGAUAGGCCUAUCAUAAGAAAUACUCUCAAUUUCAACUCAAAUUACAAGUCAUACAAUUGUAACUGAACCUUCCCAAAAUCCUGGCUAAGCUAUGCACUGGGGGCAUGGGUGUACUCAGGAGGCCUUGCAGAAAACAACCUGGAGUGUUUUCUUGCAAUAACCAACAGGCUCCCCUAAAUCACACACAAAUGUGUGUGUAAAAAUGAAAAUUGAAAAAUUACCACCACACAUUUUCUCUAAAUUUUUUGAGUAAAAUGAUUGCAUCAAAGGCAUCAAAAUACUCCAUAUACAAUACCUUGGGGUGUCAGCUUUUCAAAUAUAUGCACGCUCGUGGCAAGAAAAGAAAUUGGGAUAUCUAAAAAAGCACCCAAAAAGAAGAUAGGCAAAGAAGAUAUGUCAAAUUUGAAAAACACAUGUCAGGCGUUUGGCAUUGCACCCUCAAACAACCCAACAAAUCUAUGCAUAGGUGCUAUCACGGUACUCAGGAGAUGUUGCUGAACACAUAUUGGGGUGUUCUUUGGCAGUGGUUUGAUGGGAGUAAAUUACAUUGGCCGGCUUUAAAAAUGUCCCAAAUGGGACAUGGGUGCAUGAUGGCCAGCUGUGAAAAUUCCAAGUUGGAAAACUGGAAGGCACCCCUUCAAAUAAGGUCUUUUAGCCCCCAGAUAACCCAACACACCUGUACAUGGGUGGUAUCACUGUACUCACGAGAUGUUGCUGAACACAUAUUGGGGUGUUCUUUGGCAGUAACACCUACCAGGAGCUGGGAAUCCAUGCCUAAAAUAGAAUGUGUGUGAAAAAUAACACAAAAAAAUGACUACCCAAACGUUUGACAAAGCCUGGUGGUAGAAUUUGUGCAUGGAAAGUGUUAAAAUACCACCAUUUGAAAUACCCCAGGGUAUCUACUAUUUAAAAAUAUAUGGUUUGGGUGUGGGGGGGAGGAGCGAUGACGUAGGACGCACAUGACGUAUGGGAUGUGCACGCCUACACUUGCUGCGAUGCUGUGACACUAAGAAAGAGACCGGAGGAGAUAUCGGUGAACCACUGCUUGCUUGCUCCUUUCCCUGAAGAGACCCGGAGAGACGUCAGGGAGAUAAUAGAGAGACAUACAAACAGAUCCCCUGAAUAAUAGCAGACUAGAUGCGGGGCAAUCCGCAAUAAUAUUCAGCGUUCCACGUGGCUUACUUUCUGAAAGUGGACAGGGGGGAAAGAAAGAAAAGAAAGGAAAAAAAUAUACAAAAAGAGAUAAUGCCAAGCAUGCAGAAACAGAGCAGAAUCUGUGAUGAAAGAUUAGCGGAAGAAAUCUAAACCCAGAUCAUUGGAGACGAGCUCUGUUACUGCUUCACUACAACUAAGCUAAAGCUAAGUAAAAAAAAAAGGAAAGGCAAAGAGAUAAGCAAAAGAAAAGAUGCAAGUGAGGAUCCAGAUUUAAAACAAUAGCACAUAUAUUAUUAAAGCCUUAGGGGUUAGUGUUGAAUUGCUAAUCCCAUUAAGAGCAGCAAGCAGUGGAAGACUCAGAAAAGAAAGAGACCCCUUAUUGAGGCAACGUAAGGGAUUUUGCUUCGAUUAAUUUAUCAUGGCUCCAAAAAAAGCCCAAGAAAACAAGCAAUUUCUUAAGAAGGAGAAGGAAAAAAAAACCCAGGAGAAUAAGACAGAAAAGCGGCUAUCCUUUUUUACUUUGCCUCAUUUACAAAGACAAGAAACAGAUCAUCAGAAAGAAAUGGAUAUUUCGAUAUAAGCAGGUAAAGAAACAGAAUCAAUGACACCAGAUUAUAUCUACUAAACAGCUUCCAAAGGAGAUCAUUCAGGAUUAUUUACACAAAUACCUGGAUGCAUGUUUUGAACGUCAACUAGAUAAAAUUAAAAAUUUAAUUCAAACUGGUCUCACAAAAAAGAGAGCAAGGAACACAACGUUCCAAGUCCCUGUAUAGCCGCCGCACCCACCACCUCAAAACCUCCCCAAAAGGGGGGCAGUGGCUGCAGGGGUCACGCAGAGACAAACGUACCAGUAUGAGACUCCAGCUGUCUCAGAGGGGCUUAACCCCAAAUAUAAACACAAGAACAAAGAAAUAUGCAGACCGUCUCAAUUAUAUGAAUGAAACUUACUGCAUUGACUGGAAGAAAUAUAUCUAUGUAUAGCGCGAUGUUCCAAAUAUAGAACCUGGCUAUUAGAAAUAAUAUGGUCAGAGACCCUAAUUAAACAAAGUAUAUACAAGUGAACCUACAAUCCUAUGCCAGCCCAGGGUAGUAUAGAUCAAGAGGUAGUAAAAAAGAUAACCUCACUCCCCCUUAUAAUUAAGCUUUAUUGUGAUCUGCUAUAGGGAUAGGAGUAUACAGUAGCUAAGUCUCUAUAAUCCAUGCAUCCUAGGAAGUAUCCUGGUCACACUAGAAACAUAUUAAGAAAAACAGAGAGAGAUAAGGACUGAAAAUAGAAGUAAAAAAAUCAGUCAAAACAGACUGAUAAUUAGCAUUAAUAAAGCCUCUCUCCCUGUAAAGCUAGCUAGAUAGGCAUAGGAAAGAAAAGAAGAAAACGAUAUAAAAUAAAGUUAAAUUAAAUGGUGAUCAUGGUGCUCCAAACACCAGUGCCCAGUGCAGAAAAAACGCCCAACGUACGUUUCGGUGCAGAGAGAUGCACCUUCGUCAGGGGCCAACAGAUAACUGAAGAGAAGCCUCUUAAAUACCCCAAUUGCCAGGAAGCAUGAUUACCUUGUAGCCAAUGGAGUGUGGGGGUGUAUACCUCCCCAGCUGCCUCUAAUAUCCUGGCUAUUCCUCUGUGAUUGCUAAUGCUCAUUCAUCUGUAUGAAGGGGAAAUCCCUCAGCCGGUCACGUGACCUGUGAUGUCAUGCGUCACGUGACAUAUCCGGCAUUCUCCUAACAGGGGCGUGGCUCAUUCAUCAUAGUGCUGCAGUACCGCCCAUCCGAGCCUCUCCUGUCCAUCAUCCUCACAUGGGUUGAUCCCCUGUGACAGAUGGGCGGAGCUAGGUAUUCUCUGUGUAUGGAGAAACCGAAAUUGUCCAAAUUAAGGCUCAAAUUGAUAAGCUGCAUAUUGAUAAUGUAUCAUUCCAAAGUACCAAUGUGUACUAUAUAGGAUGUACAGAAUCAGCUGAAAAUAUAAGGCAGUGCUGAUUACAUAUUAUUCUAAUACUGAAUCUAUUAAAGAUGUAGUAAAGAAUAUGAGAGGACGCCCCAAUAAUAAGAGAAAAAUUGAAUGAUAAGGGGUCCUGGGAUGUUGUUAACUCCCACUCCCCCGUCCCAGGCAAGGAUAUAUGAUAAUAAAUAUAUGUAGUGUUCAUAGGACCCAUGCUAGGAUGCAAAAUUAGCAUGGUACAUCCUGCCGCUAUAUCCUGUACACUGAGUCACUUGACAAUAUGAACCUCUGAAUGACCAGAUAUGACUUAGUCCGUAAAAUAAAAAUAAUAAUAAUAAGGCUAGCAUUCUUUUUGUCAAGAGGUCUUUAAACUUAAGGCACCUGAGGUUCCUAGUUGGUCUCCCAUACAAGUACUAGCCAGGCCCAAGUCUGGAUGGCUUCUGAGAUCUGACGAGAUCAGGCAUUUUCAGACUGGUAUGGCCAUUGAUAUUUUCAUUCAAGUGAUCAGCAAGCUUGGUCUAGGAACAUUAUUGGUAUUCUAGUCAUUAUAUAGCUAUUUCCUUGGGAGAAUUCAAGCAUUAGCAAUUUAGUGGUCCUCAUCCGGUAAUCAUGAGAAUAAAUUUAUAUGAUAAAAAAUAAUAUAAAAAAUAAUAAUAAAUAGAAAAGAAUAGUGAUAAUAGUAGUAAUAGUAAUAAGCAAAGAAUAUACCCAUUGUGGAACAAACCGCGCUAUAUUUACAAAUUUACAAGUGUAUCAGGCCAUAAGGCUCACUCAGAAUAGAUUAGUGCAGAGAUCACCCGCCGAGUACCACUGCCCGUAUAUAGGUCUGAGUCCCACACCUGGUAUCAGUGAUCUGCAAUGAAUGGUGUAUAUGAGAAACCUUCGUUAAGUCCCAAGGGUGACAGGGUUUUGAGCUUAUAGAUCCAGAAGCUCUCCCUUUGGAGUAGCUUCUUGUCUAAAUCCCCCCCUCUUGGUCCCAAGGUAACCCUUUCAAUACCACUAAAUCUGAUUCCUUCAGAUGAGCCCCCAUGAUGUAGUUUCAAAUGUUUAGAGAUAGGGGUGUCGAUUUGUCUUGUGGGGUUUACCGAAUUGACAUGUUCCCGUAUCCUAAGUUUAAACAUCCUAAAGGUUUUUCCCACAUACAGUUUUUUGCACGAACAGGAAAGUAAGUAGAUAAGCCCUUUGGACUGACAGUUAAAGAAAUUCUUUACUUUGAAUUCCUGUGUGCCGAGGGAGUCUGGGAAUGUUUUGGAGGGUCUACGUAUAAACCUACAUGCCUUACAUUUCCCACAUUGAUAGGUCCCUAAGACUGGGGACUUCAGCCAUGAUGUUUUCUGGGGUGUAGUCUUGAGGUGGCUAGGGACCAACAUGUCCUUGAUGUUGCGUCCCCUUCUUGCUGUUACUGAAGCCUUAUGUGUGAUUACCUUCCGUAAGUGUGGGUCUUGUUGUAAAAGGGGCCAGAAUCUGUCCAAGAUUUGCAUCAUUUGAUGCCAGCCGGCAUCAAAAUUCCCUAUACAUCUUAUGACUGCCUGUGAUGGCUCUGGGUUAUGUUCGAUUAGAAGGUCUUUCCGAUCUGACAGUAAGGCCCGUUUAUAAGCGUGCUUUAAGCAUCUAUUCGGGUACCCCUUUUGUUUGAAUUGGAGUUGUAAGGUCUUAGCCUUUAGUUUAAAAUCAUCCAAUGUAGAGCAAUUGCGUCUAAGGCGCAAGUAUUGUCCAGUUGGAAUCCCUUUCUUUAGGGAAGGGGGAUGAUGGCUAGACCAAUUCAGCAAGUUAUUAGUUGCCGUUGGUUUACGGAACAGAGUUGAGAUGAGGCACCCUUCUUCUGUCAGCGAGAUGGUGAGGUCCAGAAAAUUAAUUCUAUUGCCACCAAUUUCACUAGUCAGUUUGAGAUUAAUAUUGUUAGAGUUGAGAGUGUGGACGAAGUCCAAAAACAGUUCCGAGGUAUCUGUCCAAAUGAUAAACACGUCAUCGAUGUAUCUUUUCCAGAUUUUUAUAUGCUUUGUAUAUUUUACCAUAUGAUCCGUGAAUACCAUUUGAGACUCCCACCACCCCAGGUGGAGGUUGGCAUAUGAUGGGGCACAAGCCGUCCCCACCGCAGUCCCUCUCACCUGGUGAUAAUACUUUCCCUGAAAGGUAAAGUGAUUGUGUGUUAAGAUAAAUUGCAUCAGAUCUUGGACGAAUUUAUUGUGUCUUAGUGAUAUUACUGGUUUACUGUCCAAGCUAGCUUUCAGAUGUUCUAGUCCAACUUCAUGUGGAAUCGAGCUGUACAGGCUCUCCACAUCAAGGCUACAUAAAAUAGCGUGACCACUAAUUUUUGUUCCUUCGAUGAUACUUAAUGUGUGUGUCGUGUCUUUAAGAUAUGAAGGAAGUUGAGUGACUAGUUUCCUCAGGAUCUGAUCCACAUAAAGACUGAUGUUUUGAGUCAGAUUACCUCUACCAGAGACUAUGGGUCUCCCAUUUAGUACCGGUUGUUGUUUGUGUCCCUUUGGGAGUGCAUAGAAGGUGGCAGUGACGGGAUUCUUGACAAACAUAAAAUUAUAUUCAUCCCUGGAAAUUAGAAGUUGAGAUAAAGCUGUAUCAAGGAUUAUUUUCAACUCUGCCAAGUAUUUUUUAGUGGGGUCACCCUUUAGAACUUCAUACGUAUUGCUAUCCCCAAUUAGUCUAUGUACCAUUGAGACAUAAUCAGGUUUGUUUAGAAUGACUGUAUUGCCCCCUUUAUCGGAGGGUUUAAAGAUAACCUCAUUCAGUUCUUUAAGUUUUUUAAGAGAGAUAUUUUCUUGAGGAGAGAUGUUGCUAUUAGGUUGGAUUGGAAGGUCUUUUAAGUUGAUUUUUUCAAUUUCAUUGCAUGUCAUCUCCACAAAUAGGUCUAUAUAUUUAAAAUCCACUAAGUGUGGAGUGAACAUGCUUUUCUUUUUUAGAUGUGUAAAGGGGGGAUAUCUUACUUCGGAUUCGUCAUUCGCAAUAAGGAGGUCAACCAGCGUAUCAAGUGCACCCAUAUCUGAGACUUGUAAACCAAGAUCUUUUGCCCUUUUUUCCUCUUUCAUAUAGUGAAAUUUAUGCAGAGCCAGUUUUCUAGCAAACAGGUGUAUGUCCUUUGUCCAGCUAAACUUAUCGAAGUCUGAGACUGGGACAAAGGACAUACCCCGCUGUAAAACCUGCAACUCUGCUUGAGUCGGAGUGUAUGAGGACAAAUUGAUGAUCUGGUUAUUUACAGUUGUCUUAUCUAAUAUCUUUUUCUUCCCCUGAAGUGGCAUAGGAUUGUAGGUUCACUUGUAUAUACUUUGUUUAAUUAGGGUCUCUGACCAUAUUAUUUCUAAUAGCCAGGUUCUAUAUUUGGAACAUCGCGCUAUACAUAGAUAUAUUUCUUCCAGUCAAUGCAGUAAGUUUCAUUCAUAUAAUUGAGACGGUCUGCAUAUUUCUUUGUUCUUUAAACUGGUCUCACAGAAUUCAGAAUGUAACUCUUAUUGAUCAAGUUAAGAUGAAUGAAGAAAAAAUAGAAUCCUUGGUAUACCAACAAGCCCAACUAGAAGACUCACCGGAAAGCUCAAAAAAGAAAAUAGCAGAUUUAGAAUUUAAAUCUGCAGAUCUUGAAGACAGAUCGCGACGCAAUAAUUUAAGAUUUAGGGGAAUUUCAGACACAAUAGCAAACAAUAAACUGAAUGAAUUUAUUUUAGAUCUAUUUCUACAAUUGGGCAUUCAAUUAACAAAUCCCCGCUUUAGAACGGUGUCACAGAUUAAUGAAACCAUCUAACAUUGUGGAAAGUUCACCAAAAGAUGUUCUUAUCUGUUGUACAUCUUAUAAAGUGAAAGAACGAGUCUUGAAAGCAGCAUGAGUGAUCAGACUCAAGGAACCAUACAAUUACAUCUCUAUUUUUCCUGAUCUGUCAUAUUAAACCAGGAUGAAAAGAAAGCCAUUCUAAACUUAUACGGAAAUCUUACGACAAAGGAACAUUUGUUAUGCCUGGAGAUACCCAUGUAAAAUUAUUGCCUCUUCUGAGGCAAAGACAUGUGCAUUUUUGGAUACACUAGCUCUAUCUAAGUGGUUCAAGGAACUGAAUUCUGAAUUGAGUUAAGAGGCACUAAGGAAACUGAAAGAAGUGAAGAGAGAAGGAAGAAGUUAUAAAGAACACAGGAGGGGGACUAUGUUUGUUUUUUCUUUCUUUCUUUCUUUCUUCUUUCUUUUUUCUUUUAGUUCCUGCCCUUGAAGUAUCACAAUUUUUGAAAGAGGGAUAUUUCACGUAAUUAUGCACAUUGACAAAUUAAUAUAAGGGAUUACUUGGAAUAUCUUAUGAGUAAAUUAGAUUUAAAAUAUUAUUAUAAUUGUAUAACCCUAUAGAGUUAAAAAACAAAUGUAAGGACAAUUUAAAAUAAUUACAGAUAAAUGAUAUGUUAAGCAAUUUUUAUAUAAAUCACAUAAGAUGAUAAAAAUGACUAUAAGCACUAAUCACUGUAUGCAAUUUUUAAAGCAGGAUGAUAAGCACGACAAUCCAUGUCCACCAAGAGUGCUUUUUUUUUUUAUAGGCUUAUGAAUAAUGCACAGCUGUAAGGAAAAGGAGGUGAAAGGGGAAGAAGGAAAUGGAAUAAGAGAAAGAGAAUAAACACAGAUAGGAUAUAGGAACAUUGACAGUAGAUAUAUAAAAUAAUGUUUACACAAGACACAUAAAAGGGUAAAGAUAACUUCAAACACAAAUUAUGUAAUAAAAGUAGGACAAUAAGUAGGAAAAUUUGGGCCAGAAUGAUCAUUUUUGAAAUUUUGUGUGGUGGGAAUUAAAAAAAAAAAAAAUGUCUACCUCUCUCUAAAAGGGAAACUUUAAAUGGUUUAUUAGAUUAGCUGUUACAAUUCUCUCUCACAGAGAUAACAUAGCAUUAAGAUUGAUCCUUGAAUAGGAUCACGGUGGAAGGCCAAAUGAGGCGGGAUAAUUCAUUGAUCCUUCCAGACUUCCUUAUAGGGUCUUUUUUUUUAUACAUGUCACUGUCUUUGUAUUAAUGCCUUGUCUUCACGUAAAAUUGAAUCAGUAAGUGUUGCGCUGGAUAACUGAGUCAGGAAUUCCUGUGGCGGUUUUAACUUUUUCUUUUGAGGUUAUGAUAUCAAAUAGAAGGUACUUGUGCCCUAAAUAUAGGACACACAUUGAUAUUACAAGGAUAGAAUUCUGUAUACCUAGAUAUGUGGUUUUUCAAAAUCAGAUGGCAUAAUGUUAAAUAUUGUUUCCAUUAAUGCUCUAGGAUUCAAUUCGCCUCAAAAAAGGAGAAUCUUAGUUGACCGCAUGAAAAUAGAAAAUGCUCAUAUUAUAUGUAUUCAAGAGACCCAAUGGCGACAAGCAGAUGAAAAAAAAUAUAAGUUUAAAGAUUUUCCUCUCUCCUUUUAUUCAUCUUUUAAAGGAGAAAAAUAAAAGAGGAGUAGCUAUUCUAUUCUCAGCAAAGUUGAACGAUUCUAUACAACAUCAGAGCACAGUAGGCGACCAGGAACUUCACAUGACACAAUAGCCAUACCACCUUCCCCUCACACCCCCCAACAGGAGUAGAAAAAAAAAAAGAUGAAACUACCAGUCUCAGGGACAACUGGGAUCACGUGAUAACAGCCUCUGCACAGACAACCCGUUACAAGAUUGUUGAUGUAUCAAUCCCACAACCCUAACUGCUUUUUGAAUAAGCAUAACUGCCCCUGCGUGGGCACAAUGUUUACCUUUAAAUGUUGCCAAUGUUGCCAAUGCCAUAUCAUUAUUCAGGCUGGAAUCAAUGUGAAAUUUGCUGUAUAAGUUUUACUCCACUUAAGCAACCUAUGCCUCUGCGUAGGCAAACAAGCAUCUCUACCUUAAACCUGUUCUAUAUGUGACAAUGUUAUGCAUACAAAAUAAAACAAAAAUUUUUUUAUAGUAAAUUAUAUAUAAUAUGAUAAAAAUAAUGGUAUAUUUAGAAAAAAAUUUAAUGGCGAGAAAAACUGUAAUUAAUAUGUGUGGGUACAGUAAAUGAGUAAGAGGAAAAUUACAGCUAAACACAAACCCUAUCCUAACUAUAAGAUAAGACCAGGGACUAAUGAAAGUAUUUAGAAAAUUGGGCAGACUAGAUGGGCCGAAUGGUUCUUAUCUGCCUCACAUUAUAUGUUUCUAUGUUUCUAACCCUGCAGAAAUGUAAAAAAGAGCUCUGGUCCUUAACAGUGAGAAAAUUGAAACACGGUCUGGUCACUAAGGGGUUAAAGAAGUUUUUCUGGUUAGAUUAAUAGAUUAAACCUGGUACAAGGUGGGAAAGCUGCCCAUGUAAAGAAGUCAGUGUUAUAAAAACAACAACCUAAUUUGAAUAUAAAUAAAUAUAGAAUAUGUAAAAUUUAAAUAACACUGCUAUUUUACAUUUUAUUUAUAUUUAACAAUGAUUGAAAUCAUGUGACUAUGCUGAACUUACCAAAAAAUCUCAUGAAAAGUCAUGAACCUGGCAAAUUAUUCUUUAACUUCUGAAUUGGUUUCAUAUGCUUGGAAUACUUCCCCUGGAAAUUCAUUAAUGUAUUUUUUAGAGAAUCUUUUUUUAGGGAAGAAACCCCAUUUCUUAAUAAUCCUGUUAAUUAAGUACUUAACUUGUUAUGUAGUUUGGCAAUUGGUAAAUAAUUAUGUUAUAUGUUUAUGUGCAUCAUUAUAGUUUCUUUCCAAGGUUGGUUACUAAUCUAUUAUAAGCAUAUUAAUACAAGAGUGUGUUUAUUAAAUGGUGGACAGUGAUUAAUUGAAAUCCUGUGUACAAAAUUUAUUAUAUAAUAGAUCAUUUGGAAGAUAAAUUCAACUUGACAGUUUUUCAAAUGUAUCUGUUUGAGCCUUUUGAGUCAUUAUGCAGUUUGAUAUAGAAUUCACCCACAUUUACCAGUUGGGUUUUAUGUAUAAUUUAAAUUAGACUCCAAUUUAUUUAUUGUCCUUAAUAUUUCCUUAAAAUAGGAAUUAUUACUAAUUACACCUAUACUGAGAUAUCUGAAUCACAGGUUGUGUUAUUAUGUUUCUUCAAAGUAAUGACUCACACUAUUAUGUAAUUGCAUGCUGUUGUAUGUCUUAAAUAUUUAUUUCACGAAUAACUACAAUCAGAGUAUAAUAAACGGGGGAAUAAUUCUUACGAUUCUAUUCAUUUUAAAGCCAGAUAUUCAGAAAAUUGUUUAGUAAAACACAGAUUAAGGAUUUCUGAAAAUAUGAUGUAAUUGUUUAGUUUGCACAUAUAUGGAACUAUUGUCAAGUUGAUAAAUAAAUCUAAACACAUUAGACUAAAACAGGUUUUCCUCAGUGUAAUCUCUCCCUGAUAAGAGACAGAGAAAAAUGGAAUUAAUAUGUGAAUGAACUUUUUAAUGCUCCUUUGUUGAACCAAUGUCACCAUUGAGAGAGAUUUAUUUAAUAUCUAAUUUGUUACAAAAAAGACUUCAAUGUAAAUAUAUUUACAUCCAUGCGGAAGAUUUGUAUCCUGGCAAAUUAUUAAAAUGUUUACUCUAACCACUAUAAUAACCUAUAGUAUGUGUUCAGGAUAUAGUAAAAUGUAUUCCUCUAUUAUAACAGAGACGAUAAUUAUGUUUAAAUAAUGUUUGAUAUAAUAUGUGUAUUUUCUAGACACCGCAUGCUAUGCUGACUGGGGAGGGAGCAAAUGCCUUUGCUGAAAAGAUGAAUAUUCCAAGAGUGUCAACAGAUGAAUUAGUGACAGAUCAUAGCAUUAAGGAGUGGGAAGAGUACCAAAAAUAUACACAAAGUGUCACAAAUCUUUUUAACUCGGAAAAGUAAGUAUACAGUUUGUAUAAUAAGAAUUGCACAAGAUAGACAGACAUAUAGAUUAGACAGACCGUGUAUAAAAGUUAAAUAUAUACAUUUUAUUCAUAAAAAAAAUGACAUUGAUGUAUAUGUGCUCAUUAACUCAUUCUUGCAAAUUACACAACUUAAUUCUAAUACAAGAGCACUGCUUUAAAGGAACAAUCUAGACACCAUAUCCACUACAAUGUGCAGUGCCCUGACACCCUCUCACCAUAAGUAGUCAAACUGUUUUUGAAUGGUUUGACCUAUUAACUGGGGUCUGCCAACACUGCUCCCACCUCCACUCCUAUCUCUGGAGAGACAGACAUUGCUCAGCAGGAACUUCUGUUAGCUCUCCUGGUCUUAGUUGUUGCCUAAGAGUGAUCAGGUGAUGGUUUUAAAGUGUUUUCUUUAAUAAGCCUGAUAUUCAGAAGGACCAUCCAAAUGUUUUUAUAAGUGAACUCAAGUUAUAAUACUUACAAGUUGACAGUAAACCUAAUAACAAUAUGGAUAAACAGCAACUAAAUUCGAUUAAAACUAAAAAACUCUUACUCCAGCCCCAAAAAAGUAUUUAAUGACAAAUGAGUGGUGCUAGGUGCCCAGUGUUCACCUUAGGUGUUAAUAUCUCAUAGUCAGAUUUUUUUAGGGGUCCCCAGCCUUUAAAACAACUUUAUUGAGGUGAAGUUGUUUUGAGGGAAAAUAGUCAAUUUAGUCAAACACACAGCCCAGCCUUGCUAGUAUGCUGAGUUCAGGGAAUUUUUCUAUUUCCUUUCAAUUAGUCUAUUUUCUCUUUCCUGUCAUAUAACCUCUCUUUCUGCCUGUGAUGUCAUCCUGAUCGGCUAUGUACUUCACAUAGUUCCUCAGAGGGACAAUCAGCCCUUCAUGUUACUUUAAUGAUCACAAACCCAGAAUCUUGGAGAACUGAUAACUUUUAUGUAUACAUCGUAAUGGAAGCUAGCCCUACAAAAGACUGUGUGCCAGUCUAAUAUGUAAUGCAGUAUUCAUUCAACAGUUUUCUUUGAAGAUCCCUUUCUAUCCAUUUAUAGGUCUCCAUUUGAUAUUUUUUAACCACUUAAGGACACAUGACAUGUGUGACAUGUCAUGAUUCCCUUUUAUUCCAGAAGUUUGGUCCUUAAGGGGUUAAAGUAAAUAAAUAUUUGGAAACUUAUAAAAUAUCAAUAGAUGUAUCAAUAUAUAAAGAACUAUAAAAAUAUUGCAAAAUAUUAAAUAAUUUUAUAAGUGUAUCCAAAAAUAUUAAAUUUAAAAAGCUUAUUCAAAAAUAUUAAAUUGAGGCCAUAAUUAGAAACUUCUGGCUGAACAAUAUGAUAGGUUGAUUAAAAGCAUUACAGCUGUUGGUUAUAUGUCAUUUUAUUAUUACCAUAUCCAUAAAAAUAAUAAUAAUGUCCCCAUGAAGACUAUUUAUUCCUUGUCUUUAUUUUUAAAACUGGCGUGUAUUGCUAGUGUCAUAAAAGCUAGUCUUUAAGUAAUUAUGUCAGUUAUUAUGACACAAAUAAUCUUCACUGUGAAGUUCAUUACCUAGUGAAGGUAUGUGGAUUAAUUACACUUAGUAGUGCAAGGGUAUUAAAAUACACUUUUAACUCUGUGCUAGACCUUGAUUAAGGACCAAUAGCACACUUCUAACUGAUGCCAAUACAAAGACAAAUUAAUGGGGAGUCAUUGUUCACCCUGAUAAAUAAACAAAUAAAUAAAAAAUAAUUAUCUUAGGCCCACCCUCACAAUUUCUGAAGCUCUGUGGGUGUCCUGACUGUCUCCUAACUUACCAUGUUUGACGAUGCUUUCCUAAGCAGUGUAAUCCUCUUCAAUUAUGCCAAAAGACUUUGGCCUGAACAUUCAUAUCAGAACAGAGGGGCAUCAGUCACUCCACUCCAAUUAUCCUUUGCCUAGUAGCAACAGCUAUAAGUAACCAUAACAACCACUGCACUUUUGCUCUGGCAGAGAGCAGGAUAAAAGCCUGCAAGAAAGUUAUACCACUCUCUACAGUUUGUAACUUCUUAGUCAUAAAUGUCUAUACUGACUAUAAAUAAGAGAAUUGAUUGACAAGUGGAGGAUAGACUUAUGUGAAAUGAUUUUCUCUCUACCUAUACAUUGUAUAGAUUGAAUUAUAUAUACAUUUGAUAAUAAAUAAACAUGGGCAGUAUAUAUUAAAUAUAGAAAAUUAUAUUAAGCCCAAUUACAGAGCAGCAGAAUUAUUUUCUGUUAACUGGUGGUUGGCAAAGGAAAAAUAGCACUUUCCUAGAAAUAUUAAAAAUUAUAAAUUGUUCCUAAUUAGGAAUCUCAAGUUUCCAGUCAAGCCCCCAUUCGGAAGUUUACAAAGUAAUGUACACUCUUGAUGUCACUAAUCCACAGUUUAAACAAGGCUGAAAUUAUAAGAAUACAUAUUUUUAGAGAUCUGUUCACUGGUUAUAUGAUAAUGCAAUAGGAGGUGCACAGAUGUUUUUUGAUACAUAACAUAACCCACCUACAUGGUCAGCAAUUCUAGCAAAUAUUUUAAUGUAUUACUGUUUGCCACAGUGUUACUGCUGCUGGUCCAAAAAUGCAAGCCAGUUUCAAAUGAUGUCCAAAAAUAUUAAGCAAAUGUUUUGACUCUGAAAUGGCAAUCAGAUUUCUACUUAGAUCAGCUGACACACUCAGCCAAUAAUAAUAAUAAUUAUUAUUAUUGACAUUUAUGUAGUGUUAAUUUGUUCCACGGUAUUUUAGAGGAGAGCUAAGGGAAACUCCUGCUUAGGAGCAUCCAACUCUCCAUAGGAAGUAGUGAAGACUGAGAGUAGCACCCAGACAAACCCAGGUAAGAUGUUAAAUAUUCUAAAAUGGUUUGGCUCCUUACAUCAGGACACUCCUGCCACCAUAGAUACUACAGCAAACUACUAGAUUGUUCCUUACUACAGUCUGAUAUAUGUUUAAAACUAGAUUAUAUGUAACACAAGGGUGGAAUCCCCUGCUUACACGAAUCCAUUGGGAUAUGGAUUUGUCUUACUUUCUCAUUUGUUUUAUCGGUUAAAUUGCAAGGUUUGCUGUGAUAUCAUCAUCAUUUGUUAUACUUUUUGAAAUAAAUGUUGUGUUUUAAGGGAUUAUCAUGCUAUGAUCAGUUUUCUUUCAAGAACACAUCUACACCAUUUAACAGUGUUAGCAGGCGAAUACACCCUUGUGUAACAUUUGAUAUAUUGAGCUUAACCACCCUUUUUUCUGGAUGUGGGGCUCUACGAUCCUUGGAACUGCUUGAUAAACUAGAUUAUAUACCGCAUAUCAUUAUAGUGGAUGCAGUGGUCUAUAAAACCUGAAGCUAGUGAUGGCAAUCACAGUUCAAAAACCUUUAAAAUACGGAUUUGCUUUUUAAGAACUAUAUAGGUUUCAAAGUUUUCAUUUAUCCUCAGGGACUAAAAACAAAAUCAUGUCUUAAUGUAAAAAGCUGAAAUCAGCUGUAAAAUGUUAUUCAUACUGAGACCAUUAAAUAAGGUAUCAUACCAAGCUGUAUAAUGCCAUUCAAAGAACAGUACCAUGCAAUUUAAAUUGGAGACGUAUGAAAUGGAAAUUGAGACGUCCGGCAGGCAUAGUGUGAAACCUGCCAGACAGAUCGUACAGAAGUUUGUUCAUUGUCACCUUGAAUUUGAAAAGUUAAAAGCUUAAAAGGAAACUAGUGAGUAGCUUUGUUACUGAUAUUACAAAGUAAGGUGAUCUCCUAGGGGUGGCAAUAAAAAUAGUCUAGCAUCCCUCCUCUGUGGCACAGUGUUAAUUUGCCAUCAUUUGUCUUCUUUGGCUAAAUUCUAUUAUUAAUGACACAUCUGUGUAUACGGCGCCUGCAAAUUGAACUGCCUUUCUUGCAGGGAACAAAGUAACAGUUCUUAUUAAUAUUUUUUGAAUUUAUUUUUGUGCUUUAGCUUUGACAACAUGCUAUAAUAUAAAUGCAAAAAGUACAAAUGUUUCACAGUCUGGCAAUAGUAGCAAUUCCGUUCAACAUACUUUUUAUGCUAAUAUUGAUGUUCUGUUUUUCCACCUUUAUGUGAUAGACUCAGUAUUAAUGGGAAUUUUGUGCUGAGGUUUAACCAAAUGUUGAAACCAUUCCUAAGUAUAUGAUUUUUGUUAUCUGAGGUCACAGUUGUGGCAGAUACUGACAGAGACAGUUUGUUUCACUAAUAAAGUUUAUAACUUAAUAUUUGCCCUAGUCUUAAUAUAUAUAUAUAUUGUGUUUUUUUGAACAACAAAAUAGCAAUUAUGAAAUACAUUGUUUGAGGAAACAGGGCCAUAAUUUAGCGUUAAUAUUGUAAACUAUGUGUAAACACUAGCAAGUCAUUAGCAAGCUGAUUGUAUAUGGUAAGUCUUUAAAACAUGAUAUGGAUGCAAGUUCUGACCAAACGUAUGAAUGUUCAUCUGUGUUCAUUUAUAUAACUUAUUCACUGUCAAGUACUUUUUGAUUUAACAAUGUUAGCAUAGGGAACAAUGUGUAGCUAGCAUAUAAACAAAUCAUAACACAGCAAUUUUGCAGACACACAAAUUUAAAUUAUGUAUUUUUAUACAAAUUUUAUUUUUAACUUAUUCAAUUAUCAUGUAUUUAAAUUAUCUAAGAAAUUAAAAUCCUGAGACAGUAUACGUUAUCGUUUGCAAUAUUUCACACAGAGUCUGAAAUGUAAGUGAAACAUUUUAGGCGUGACAAAAAAUAGAUAAAUAAAAAUAGUUAAAUACUUUGUUUAUAUGCAGUUGUAAGGACCCUAAAGGCUUUGCUAGAAUUCCUGCAUUUAUAAAUGGCAAUAAUAAUAAUGUGUCAUGCCAACAUACAGUAAAUAUGUAAUAAAAUCAUAUAGUGCUAAAAUAAAUGCAUUUAAAACUGCUAUAGCAAUGUUUAUCAAUCUCUAGAAAAUGUUGAAAUGGUAGAGUCUAUCCAUUCCCCCCCCUCGCCAACUGUAGGAAUGAUAUGACAAUUGAAAUAUCCUUUACUUUUUGGAAGCAUGGGGUGAGUUUAAAUGUUCUGCAAAUUUGCAGGCAUUAUAUCAGUGACUAGUGGUUUCCGGCUGCCCAAUUUGUUUCUAUACAGGCUGAUAAUCAUUCAUAGAGUAUAAAUAAGGAUGUGUGAAGCUUUAUUGUCUAAAUCUCAGAUUGAAAAAUACAUGAAAAUAAAAACAUAUUGGAUUUUGUCAGUGAAGGGGUUAUACAUUUUAUUUAAUUAGUAACCAUACAUUUUUACUUCAGAAUUUUAAGUUCAUAUUUAGAGAUAGAUAACCUCGAUUUAUAUUGCCCGAAGAGUAUAGAUUAAAAAAAUAUACUUAUCUAUAGUUAGCAUGUGAAGCCAAUCAUAUGUUAGGGGGGGUCUGUGGUAUAUUUGUGGUAUGUGGUAUAUUAAAUUUGAGAGGUGUUAAAUUGUUAAUGUUAUAUAUGUUGGUCUAUUUCCCUGCUUCAUAAAGCAAUUUUCCCCCUUAGGGUACAUGAUACAGUUGGUGCUGUAGCAAUCGAUUCUGAUGGAAAUGUUUCCUGUGCAACAUCAACUGGAGGCAUAACCAAUAAAAUGGUUGGACGAGUUGGAGACAGUCCAAUUAUAGGUAAGACAUUUAAAAUAAUUAUUACAAAAAAUGCUCAUAUUAAUUAAAAUUUCUGUUCUUUAGUAUGUUUUAUUCUUUAAUGGUUCAAAACUCUUACACAGAUCAGCUACAACAUUAAAACCACUGACAGGUGAAAUUAAUAACAUUGAUUAUAUCAUUACAGGGAUACUUGUCAAGUGGUGGGAUAUAUCAGGUAGCCAGUGAACAGUCAGUUCUUGAAUUUCAAGGGUUAGAAGCAGAGAAGCAGAAAAAAUGGGCAAGUAAAAACUUUUGGUAGGGUGGGGGAGAGUUGGCCAAGCAGCCAAGCAGAGCUGACUCCAUUUCACAUAGCUCCAGUCCCAAUAAUCUUAAUCCAGACUUUAUUGGCUGCAUCAAGCCUAUCAACCCCCAGAAGUGUCUGCCUAGCUUGGGGGAAUACUCAGGGAAAUAUUCGCAUGCCAAAUCGUCCCGCAAGACCAAGCAGACGUUCAGGCCGAGCGACCUGCGGUUUGCUGCAGGGCACAUGGAGACCCUUGCUGACUGGGCACCACACUCACCCUUUCCUGAAACUGCAUAUCCCUCACCAGAAAUGGGGCGUACAAAGCCAAAGACUCCGGCCACAGCAUCCAAUGAAUCAAGAGACAUCGAUAAACUACUAACUGGCACUCUGCUCCCGAAAGCACAGGUCAGUCAUUCCCAAUCAAGGCCUACCAAACCUACCCCAUCAAUCCACAGUGUGCCUGCAGAAGCGCCAGCCUCAGCACCCUCUACUAAACAAGAUAUUGCUGAUAUAUAUGAUCGUAUCCGAAAGCUGUUUGAUGCAGAUAUAACGCUUGCGAUGGACCGCCUUGCACCCGACCAGGCACCUCCAUCAAUCGCUGCUUCCUAGUACUUGCAAGUACCAUAACCACUGUGCUGGUGCACCAUAACUAUCGUAAGCCCUGCAAACCACCGCAGCUUGGUUGGGGUCUCACCGUCUCCUACCCACCCUGGACCUAAGACCAGGAUCCAGCUUCCAGUGGGUAGACCUCUUAGUCCAGCGAGCGCAGCAGGAACGGCUCUUAGAAGAGCUAGUGAUUAUACUCAGGGGAGUAUAGUGAUUAUAGCAAUCCCCCAGAGUGUAUGUAGUUCUCCAAUCCCCCAAACAUGAGCCGAAACUUCAUGAAGGUGCAAGAUGACCUGAGCAUUUAAUGGUACAGCUUGGAUUUUUAUACAACUUUUCUGGCCAGAGGAACACCCACUGGACCGGAUGGGGCACAGGACACAAAUUGUACAGACCAAUAGAAACAAUGUAACAAUGCCUGACUGUCAUGCGGUAACACUUCCGGGUUCGGCACGCCGCUGUGUGGAGUCGGACCCCGCCCCCCUCUGAUGCAGCUCUGACGGUAUUUAGGGAGACCCCGCCAGAGAGAGGGUGCUUGGUGAUACUGGGAGCUACUUCCGCCAGACUUACCUCUCCACAGGCUCUGGCAAUGUGGGUCCAACUUCCGAGUAUGCACGCCUGCUCCUGGGACACGCCGGCUCUACAAGCUCUGAAGUCAUCCUAGCCUUCUGGGCUAAGACAACUAUGCUUCAUGCCAUAGAGGAUUACUGGAGAACAGAAACUCACUUACUUUACAAGUGGACCAUAUCUCUUAGCUAUUGGAGGACUACUCACAUUAACCUUAAGUAUAUCUUUCAGCUAUUUGUCUACAAUAUCAUUUAAUAAUGAGCUAAUGCUUGCUUACUUAAAUCUUCACUGCUACAAGCUACUAAUUAUAUGGAGGACAACUCCCAUCAUGCUUAUUAACUAGGAACUGUUCCUGCUUUGCAAAUGUUCUCAGCUACUUGCUUAAAGUUACUAUUGAAGAUUAUUCUCAUUAACCUAAAGAAUGUUACUUAAUGCAUCUCUGAGGAAAUACUUAUUAAUGAACAUUGUGUUGUUGAUUACUUGCACUUCUUCUUAUUGGAUUAUUGCCUAAAUGCAAUUCAUUUAAGUUUAACACUUAUUAAAACUUCGUUUGAAUCAAGUUACCAGCAAUUCUCUCUUUUCUUAAAGCUACAGUAUUGAUACUUUAAAGAUUCUCUGUUUCUUCACUAUUGUAAUUAGGGAGUUUUACAAGCUGCAAUUGAGUUCCAAUCCAAAUCACCCAAGUAGCGUAACACUGACACUCCCACAUACAGUACACAAUCCUUCCCCUCUGCCUGUGAUACAAUUAAGGUAAAUAAUGUAUUAACGUAAUUAUCCCCAAGCAUAAAAAACACAUAUUUCACAAAGUCCCAAAAGUACCCCAAAACACAACAUAUGCCCAUAAAUCAGACAUCCCCUGAUAGUCCUGGUCUGUGUGAACAACAUAUCCAAAAAUUCCCCAGAUCAGAGCAGGGGUUCAGGAAAUUCCUGGAAGUCUUAUUUUUGACCCACUCUGCACAUAGUCCCAUGCCCAAAACAGUUCCAGAGAAUUAGGGCUAACGGUUGGUCUCUCUUUCUGUCUGGAGUACAAAAGUACAUACUUCACAUGAAAAUAACCUUUUAAAGUGCAUUGGGCAAGGUAUAUUGCAGGGCCCAUAGUCCUGAGGCAAUAGGCUGGCCAGCAGGCCCCUCCAAGAACCCUUGAUGAGGUUCAGUUUGCCAGCCAUAAUCACAGGGUAGGAGGCUGGCAAACAGACCCCUCGAAAAGCCAGUGACGAGGUUACUUUCAUCACAUAUCUUCCUUCAAAGGGGAGACUAACCAGGUACCCGACCUCCGGUCGGUGGGUACCUGAGUUAGUCGAGCAACCCACCCACAACCAAGUACUUGACCUGUAGCUCUCGGUUGUCCAGCUUUAUCCUGUCUGUCCCAUGCAGCAGAGGCAGUGUCUGGUAUUCCUGGUCUCUCAGUUGCUUUUCGGUUUGCAGUUGGGGACAAGGGAAGGGCAGAGGGCAACUGCGCUCUUCUCUGUUGCCAGCACUUCUGCUGGAGUGGCCUGAAGGUAUUCAGGCCUGGAACAAAGGGAAAGAGGAGGGCAGAGGCUAGCUGCUCUCUGCCCAGAUGCCAGCUCUUCCUCUGGGUGCCCUGUAACAAGGGGGCAGGUAGGGCAGAGGCCAGCGUUGCUCUGCCCUGAUGCCAGCUCUUCUGCUUGGAUGGGAUCAGUGAAUACUACCCCCAGAACCUGGUUGAGGCUCCGCUGUGGCGAGGAGGGAUCGCCUACCUCCUCCUUCUGGCAUUGCUGCAGGGUUGGUUGGGGAUCUGGACUGGCCGUCCAGCAUCCCUUUAGGUCUAGUGCAGAGUCCCAUCUGCACCAUUGGUGUCAGGAGGGCUGCCCCUCUGUAGUUGGGGCGAUGGACCAGCUGUCACCCCUUCUGGUAUAUCUGGCUGCCGCUGGGGAGAGAGACCGCCUGUUUCCACUCCCUGUGUUGAGUGUGCGAUAGGCUCCUUUCCCUCUAAUGCACACUGCCACUGGGGAGUGAGACCGACCGUCUCCACUCCCAAUAACUUGCCCUGCUGCUGGGAAGAGAGACCGGUUGUCUCCUGUCCCUGUAAGGUAAGCUGCCGCUGGGGGAUCGAACCAACAUUCUCGACUCUUGGUAACACGGCCUGGUGCUGGGUAGUGGGACCGACUUUCUCCACCCCCAGGGCUGCUUGCUGCUGCUGGGAUGAGGGACUGAAUCUCCUCUCCCGGUAAUACUGUCUGCUGCUGGGGAGAGAAAUUGGUUGUAUCCUCUCCUUUAAUGAUCGCCGCUGCUGGGGAGAGAGACCGGUUCUCUCCUUUCCCUGUAGGAUGCACUGCCGUUGGGGAGAGAGACCGGUUGUCUCCUCUCCCUUUGAGAUGCAAUGCCGCUGGGAUGACAGACCGGUUGUCUCCUCUCUAUGUGAGAUGCACUGCCGAUGGGAAGAGAGAUCGGUUGUCUCCCCUACUUCGGGUACCUCCGGCUGCCUCUGGGGAGAGAGGCUAACCUCCUUUUGUUGGAAACUUUUCCUUGCUUUAGCCAGCAGGAACUCUUGGUCCCUCUUCGCUUGUCUUUCGACUGUUACCUGGUUCCAGAUCGCCUGGAAAGUAUCCAUCAGGGCAAUACCAGGCCACUCGCUGCCUCACCUCAGCCAGAAAAUCUUCGCAAGAGUCAGAGUAUGCCAUACUUGCCUGCUUCAAGUCAAUGGACACCUCUGCUUCCAGGGGCGCUGUAUGAAUGCUAGCGUUGCCCUCACUAUGAUCAACACAUUACCGGUGUCUCCAGGAUGCUUCUCCUCGCACUAGGACGCCAUCCCGCCACUGCCACCAAAUGCGAUGGACCUCCUUGGACCCCAACCAGGUACCUCCGUCAAUCGCUGCUUCCUAGUACUUGCAAGUACCAUAACCACUGCACUGGAGGACCAUAACUACCAUAAACCCAACAAACCACCACAGCUUGGUUGGGGGUCUCACCGUCUCCUACCCACCCUGGACCUAAGACCAGGACCCAGCUUCCAGUGGGUAGAUCUCUCUUAGUCCAGAGAGCGUAGUAGGAACUAGUGAUUAUACUUAGAAGAGCUAGUGAUUAUACUCAGGGGGUAUAGUGAUUAUAGCAAAGUCCUGUUUCUUAAUAGGUUUCCACACAAUGGUUUGUACUGGCCCCUGAUAUACUUGCAUAAUGUUAUCAUAUCCUCUCUGAGGUGACAUUUUCCUAAACUAAAGAGGUUUAAAUUUGUUAACUUUUUUUUUAUAGCUAAAAUGUUCCAUUCCUUUUAUUAAAUUUGUAGCCCUCCUCUGCACUCUUUCUAGUGCCAUAAUAUUCUUCUUUAGAACAGUUGCCCAAACUUACCAGUGAUUUAUAAAGAGGCAAAAUGAUAUUCUCAUUCUGAGAAUUAUACAUGACAAUACUUUGUUGGCCUUAGCCAAUGCUGAUUGACAUUGCACAUUGUUGCAUAGUUUGUUGUCUAUAACAAUUCCCAUGUCUUUCUCAUGUGUUGUUAUCCCUAAUUCACUUCCAUUAAGGGUAUAAGUUGCUUGUGCAUUCUUUACGUCGAAGUGCAUAACUUUGCAUUUUUCAACAUUAAAUUUCAUCUGCCAUUUCAGUGCCCAGUCCCCCAGUCUAUCUAAAUACCUCUGCAGCAAAGUAAUAUUUUGCUCACAUUGUAUUACUUUAGUUUUGUGUCAUCUGCAAACACUGAUCAUUUAUAAACAUGUUAAAUAGAUACACUACUGUCUUCACAUGUUACAGUAGAACCUCUUCCUCUCUAGACUCACACGUAACAAAUAAUCGGCCUUUAUCAAAUGCAUAGUAUCUACUCGUUACAGUCUCACUUUUAUAUCCGUUUUUGCAUGGUUUUCCUCUUCCUAUUUCACGCGCUUCUCUUGAACUUCCGGGUUCGGGAGGUCACGUUACGUCAAGUCCGCAAUCUGUAUUUUUAUGCUCAGCGGAAUGCUGCAGCGUCUGACGUCAUCACGUGAUGACGUAUUUGCAUCCAUGACGAUAUCAGCUCCAUAUUUGGAUAGGGAAAAUCUUUGUAUUUUGUCCUUAAUCUUCUUUAAUAGUGUCCCAUUGAUAAAUAAGUCCUUAAAACUAAUAGGAAACAUUAAAAGGCAUAGCAAUUAGGCGAGAUGAAAAAUACAUACAUAGCAAUAUACAUAAAUAUCAAAAUUUGAACAGCUUCAAGUGAAGUGUAUAAAGGAAAUGUAAAGAAUUGAUGGGGAACCAAUUUGAUUCAGGAGCAGUAAUCCGGAGGUUAUACUGAAGAGUAGUGAUGUCGAGAACCGUUUGCGAACUUGCCGCGAACGGUUCGCCACGGUUCGCGGCGAACUCUGGUCAGCUGACACAUCCCUGCCAAUCUCCGGCAGACCCUCCCUCCCAGACCCUCCUACUUCCUGGACAGCAUCCAUGUUGAAGGCAGCUUCAACAUGGAUGCUGUCGAGGAGGUGGGAGGGUCUGCCGGAGAUUGGCAGGGAUGUGUCAGCUGACCGGAGUUCGCCACGAACCGUUCGUGGCGAACCGUUCGUGGCAAGUUCGCGAACGGUUCGCGACAUCACUACUGAAGAGCGCUAAAUGUCUGAGCCUGCUAUAAAUAGUCUCAGCAGCAUGUGAGUUUAACACGUUGGCUUACAUUUAUUAUUAUUUUAAUAUACUACACUAUGAUCGGUAUUCUAUGUUUUGUUGCAGAUUACUAGUGGAUUUUACAUACAAUCCAGGAUACCACAGUGGUAGUAUUUAUUCUGUAAAGUGUCAGCUUUCACCUAUUGAGUGAUUUAUUUUGUUAUAUAUGUGUGUGUAUAUAUAUAUAUAUAUAUAUAUAUAUAUAUAUAUAUAUAUAUAUAUAUAUAUAUAUAUAUAUAUAUAUAUAUUUUUAGGGUGACUAAACACUGGUGAUAGAAGCGACACAUACAUCACUUUAUUCCAGUACUGUAUUUACUUUGUAUUUCACUAAAUCUAGUAUGGCCUUUAGAGACAAUCCCAGUAGGGAGUUUAGAAUAUGUAAGCUCCUGGCACAGGCAGCUAUUUUGGUUUUCCAGUUCACAUCAGGAAGAUUAAAGUCACCCAUGAUGAUAACUUCCCCCUUCAUUGUCAUUUUAGCUAUUUCCUCAACUAGUAGAUUAUCUAACUCUUCUAUUUAUCCAAGGGGCCUAUAAAUCACACCUACACAAGUUACCAAAUCUAAUGUAACCCAAAUGGACUCUAUGCUCACCUCACUAGCUUUUAUUAGGCUAGAUUUUAUGCUAUCCCUGAAACAUGGUAUAAUGAGAAACAUGACUGGGACAUAACAAUACCAGGGUACUCUUCAUAUAGAAAAUACAGGGCCGCCCCUCUUUCUUGCAUUCCCUAUAUUUCCUAUAUGAAGAGUAGGAAUGUGCUUCAAUAUAGAAAUUGGAAGACUGCCAAUAAUGUAGAUUAGCUCUUUAGUUUUGUCAUAGUACCCAACAUCCAUUUUACAUAUGAUUUAAUAUGGCUGCAGGGGUUCUGUUAAUUUAAAAAAUAUUAUGUAUUUUAAAAAAAAAUGUAAAGAAAAUAUCACUUAAUUUUUCAUAAAGAAUGUAUGAUUUACACACCAGGAGCCUUAAAUGAAGACAAGACAAGCCAAGACAAAGUUCUCAAUUACAAUAUAAAUGAGCAAUGGUGUCAUCAGGCUUCUAACAUCAAACAGAGGGUCAUCAAAGGAAAAUAAAAAUAUGGAAGAAAUCAGUUGUGUAUUAUUCUAAUCACAAGGCAAUUGCCAAAUGAAGUAUCUAAGAAGAGAGAAGGCAGAUAAUAUGGAGAAUAGAGAGAGGAAAGGACAACAUGUGCUUCAAUAUAGAAAUUAAAAGGCCGCCAGUAGUAGAGGUGGUGGGCUUGCACCUGUCUCAGGCUGGCAGGAACUGAGAAGGAAGAGCUCCUGAGCCAGGAUCAGGCCAAAAGGGGUCAGGUGUUCUACAGCAGCAACUAUGUCAUCACCAACAUAAGGGGAGGUCUGCCUUGGAUAGAAUAUUGAGUGUUCACCAUGUCAAGCUUAAAGGAGUGAAAUAUCAGUUGCAAAAGAAUAAACAUCCAUAUAAACUGUCAGACCGUCCAUUGGACUUAUGAUGGGGGGCAACUCCAAGUGGGAGUCAGUGUGGUACUCUCUCUGGUAGCUAAAUAUGGGAAAAUUAAGUAGAAAAUAUGAAAAGAAAUUAAGAAAGUCAAGAAGAGGAGAGGAGAAAUAGGAGAUAAGAAAAAAGAAAUGUGAUGUGGAAAGAGCCGAAUUAAGAAAGAGUAGAGGAGGAAAAAAAAUGAGUUGCAUAAAAGGGAAGCAUACAACUUGGAAAAGGGAUGGAUUGAGAUGAGUGAGGGAAAAGGAUAGAGAAGAGAAAAAAGGGGGGGUGAGUCAAAAAGUGUUUGGAAAGACAACUGGGUAGAAUAGGAAGAGGACAUUUAAAAAGAAGAAGAAAUCAGUAAGAGAACAAGGAUGGGGAUGCUAGAGGGAUGGAAUGAGAAAGGAAAGAGGAUAAAAUAAAAAGAAAGAAAAGAAAUAGGUAGGGAGAAAGAGUAAGAUGGAAGGGGGGUAAAGUUGCAGGUAUUGGUGGCUCAAGAAAGUGGUUAAGACAUUGAUGUGCAGGUGUCUAGCAGGUAGAUCUCUGGUCAAUUGGGAGAUCCAGCAGGCCUGUUGAUAGCAAGCGCUAUGGAAUCUGUUGGUGCUAUAUAAAUGGCAAUAAUAAUAAUAGCAAGCCCAGGUCUUCUCUCUCAUUGUGAAAGGUCAUCCAGUGCCAGGGAGAUAAAAGUCCAUAGGGUCCGACCACCCCAUGUUCCAUGUAUAAUCAGGACCGAUGGUCUUGCCUCCAUGUGGUAUGCUGCCUUGCAGUGUUCUCCAAAAAAGAUAACAUCCAUAGGGUUUCCCAUGAUGCUGUUAUCUCCAGCCAUGUUGGACUACCAGAGGGCCUUGAGAUCCCUCACACGUGUUCUCCAGGUCCAGAGGGCACAUUAUCGAUGGAUGUUGCAAUCUGGCCUGGUGGCACAUACCCAUGCACAAAAAAGAUUGGUGUAGUGGCCACUCUGCUAAAAAGGCUAAUACAGCUCUCAGUGAAGAUGAGAGAUGAGCAGGUGAGUCUUCAGUAUCAGGACGUCCACACAGACACAGCUUUCAGCGUCUCCCCCAGUUGUCUAAAUCUUUAAUCUGCUAGGCUAUGCUGCAGAGUGAGUCAGAUUGCUGUGAGAAUAUGUCUGUCAUCAUUCUCUGCACUGAUUGCAUCUAAUCACAUGUGGCUUCUACACGGCUCUCACAAUUAUUCAUGGCCUGUAGGUUUUCUUGUAGGGAUUGGAUGUUGGCCUUAAUGGAGGCCUUUUGCACCCUUUUAGUUACCACCAAAACCUCUCGGGUCAGGAGAGUCUGUAAUAAAAGCAGCCAAUCCUUUUAAGCCUGGUCAGAUGUCUGCUCCGGAAAGAGAGAAAGGAGUCAAGGAAAGAUCUCCUGUGUCAUCCAAGGCCUCCACAGCCCUUGGUUGUGAUGCAGUUUCAAAGUACUGGAGACUCUUGUUUACAGUCUGAAGGUCUCUGGGCAGUCGAGGGUUUGUGAGUGUUGUGAAGGUAUAAGCCGUGAUAAGCUGUAUGGCAGCACAAGGCAGAUGAGUGAUUAAUUAAGAUGCCAUCUUCCUCUAAAAUCAAGCCACGUUCCUAAAAAUUUCACUUUUAUAUUUAUGAACAGUCAUCUUUGGUCAAUAUGAAUUCAAACACUGUUGGGUAGUCUAGUCCACCCGGAACAAUGGUAGGGAAGCCAAGGAUAUCAGACUAAGAAUCUUUGCCAUCCAACACCUGGCUAGAAAGCGCAGAGUUCCCAUGCUGUUGUUGUCAAAGGAUGUCAGAAAAGCCUUUGACCAGGUGGACUUGCCGUAGUUUGGAGAGAAGAUACUUAAAUGCAUAUUGGACUUCUACACAUGCCCUAAAGAGAAAGUGAGAUAUAAUGGGAUGCUGAUGGAAAUCCUACAGAUUUGAAACAGCACUAGACAAUGAUGCCCUCUCUCACCCCUAUUAUUCUCCCUGAUGUUAGAAACUUUUCUUGAAGCAGACAGACUAGCAGACACACAGACAAGCAGACAGGAUACAAUACAGAUGUUUUGGGAUUCAGGCAGGCAGAAUCACAGAACAUAAAGUGAUAGUCUAUAUGGAUAACAUGUAAUUUUUUGUUUCAAAUCUGCAAAUAACUCAUAUGCCUGAUGAAAGGGUUUGUGGAGUACAGCAAAAUAUCCAGCCUCAAGUUUAAUAAUUCCAAAUGUGAGGUAUUGAACAUCACCCUUGCCGAGUUGCUUCGUACAUGGUCCCCAUGGGAGUAUGGCUCACUAAUUGACCAUGCCUAGCAGUACAAGAGGAACCACAUACCCCUAAAGUGUAUGGUUUAGGAAGACUUGAAAUAAUGGAGUUAUGCCCAUAUAAAUUGUAUAAUACAGAUUAAGAACAAAAGGAUCCAAAAGGAAUCUGGUCCAGAUUACACAAUUACAUUGUAAAAACAAAAAGCAAAUUAGGGGCAACCCAGAACAGGCAUUUUUUUAGGAAUGGUGCUGCCAUAGUGACCAAAAUAUAUACAGAAUACAGAUUAAGAACUGCGCACACAUACGAAUACAGUUUUACAUUUUAUAAAGCUAUUUAAAAUCUCCCAUCUCAGCAAACAAAUAUGGGGAUUCAAUUCCACCAUAUGGCCAUCUCGUGUUAGGCCCACCACUAAUUUGUCUCCCACUUUUGGAAUUAGUGUGCUGUUCUUAAUCUGUAUUAUGUAUAUAUUUUGGUAUCUACAGCAGCACCAUUCCUGAAGACAUGUUCCGGGUGUGCCCCCAAUUCCAUUUGUGUCAUUAUUAUAUAUUGGAUAUGUCAAAUUUCAGUGCUCAAGAUGAAUGUGUGUGAGGAACCGACUCUGCUGGGUUUCGAACUGGUUCCUUACCAGUAGACCAGCCUGCCUUUUGCAAAUUUACCUGAGAUCUGAUACCAUUGCUUGUAGAGUCAAGGUUAUCCGUGACAACUCUCUUCAGCUGUGUCUGGUCAGGUGUCUGGUUCUUGGCCUAUAAAAGCCACUUCCUGUCUCUGUACCUUUGCCAGAUUAUUGUGGUUCCUGUACUCUCUAAUCAAGCGUGUUCCUGGUUCUCCUUCCUGUUACUGAAUUUGGACUGUUUUGACUUUGCUGCUUCUCCUUCCCACUGACCUCGGCUUGCCUCACUACGAUUAUCAUCUUUCUGUUCAAGUCUCCCAUCUCUGCUUAAGACCAGAAGGCCACUCAAGGCUCAGGGGCUCAACCACCUGGGUAACGAGUGGCUACCUCUGGCAGAAAACAUUGCUGAUCUGGCUACUGGACUCCAAAACUUUGUAACAUCAAUAUCAUUACAAUGUGCUCCACAGAAUUCAAUGUAUCUUCCAAACAAUUCCCAAAGCAUUCUUCACGUCCCCUUGGGUCAAUGGUGAUAGCAUAUUUGUGGAGAGGGGAAAGACUAUGAGUAAAACAUGACAUCAUUUGCCUUCCUAGGGCUGGGGGAGGCCUAGCACUGUCUGUUUUCCAGAAAUACUGUCAAGCAACAAGCAACUGUCAAUGGCACACCACAAGGAAGAUCAAAUUGUGGGCAGGUCUGAAAUGGAUGGGAAUAUAUCUCACAGUGCCUCUGAAUUGCUGGACAUGUGGAGGCAAGAUUGGGACCAUGAAACACAUAUGGUGGGACUGACCAUGCAUUUUGCCAUCUGCCCACAUUCUAGGACAUGGACAGCAUCAUAUUUGAGGCACCAUCAUAUUUGAGGCACCCUGUUUCAAUUAGAAAACCUGCUCCUUCAUGUGACCCAGCCCCUCCCCGCUGAUAUUGAAAUAGACAAGAUUAAUUCUAUGGCAUUUAUUAUAUGCCACAAAAUAACUUGUGCCUGUCCUCUGGAUAAGGUCAGAGACACCAACAAAAGAACAGUGGUUUAGCAAUGUUAAAUAACUUCAGGCAGCUGAGGCCCUAGCAGCAUAGCUGACAGGGCAAAGUGUAACGAACACUGAGCACAGGUUUCCCUGAGUUUGAUAGAGCACUUGGAGAAACAGAUGGAGCAAAUGAGAGGGGUGGGAUGGGAGAUGGACUGAUGCAGAGGAACUCAUCUUUUCCUUACUCUCCAAACCUUUCACCCUGCAUCUUGCCCUAUUUCUUCCCACUUCUGUUAAUUUAUUUCUUUCCUUUAACCACUUACUUACAGUCACUGUAUACAUCCUAUAGCAUAUCCCAUAGAUGUGCCACACUGUGCCUAGAGAGCAUAGGAUUUGAAGAAAAACUAGGGGUGCUGGGAAAAUCUGAAAUAAAGAUUUAAAGAAAAAUAAUGUUUCCACCUAUACUAUGAUCUAUAUUUUCACUUUAAACAGUAAAAUAAAAAAAUGCAAGUUUUGGUCACUUUAGGUUGCACAGACGUUGGCUCCGCCCCAUCCAAAAAUAGUUUAGUAAGAAUAAGAAUGUCUAGUGCAUGCUAAGUUAUGUCACCUUUUUCUUUGACACCUUAAUAAAUGAUCAAUGAACUUAAAGGUUUGUGCUGGACGUUUAUUAUUUUUAUAUUUUCACUUUAAGGUUUGAAGAUUUGUUUUUAGCACAUUUAAUACUGUGCAUAUUAGCAAGGUAUGACAUUUAUUUAAAUAAUCACAAACCUUUAUUUUUUAUUACAAUGGAAACUCUAAAAUUCUAACAUUUUAAAAAUGAAUCAACAAAAAAUAUAAAUAUCCCCUAUCCAAAAAUAGGAACACUUUAGCAGCUGUACAUUUUCUCUAUGAUUUUUACAAAUAUUUCUCUCUUAAUUUAUAAUCAGAUUCUCUGAAAGUUUAGUCUAAAAAUAGUCCCUAGGAAUAUGGAGAAAAUAGACUUUCAAUAAGAAAUUGAUUCUUUCCAUACAAUUGUUUAAUAGAAUCCACAUAGUUUACAAGCCUUUUUAAAUUACUACUUAAUUUCACAAUUGAUGUGCAAGUGAGAUACAUAUUUUCUGAGAUCAAAUAUUUUAUGUUCAAUUAUUUUACAAUAACCUAUGAAACUGUCAAAACACCUUCCAGGUUAGUCUAAUCUAUAAGUUUGCAGCCUGAUACCUAUUAUUACUCAUUGUAGCUGCAAUGUAUAUCUUUUUUUCAACCUUUUUCCCUAUUCAACAUUUAAGUUUCCCAAAAAUAAAACCGGUAUUUAAAACAAUAUAGUAAAUGAUAAUAGUGUCUCAUUUUUAAUCUGUUUUUUUUUUUUCAAAAGAACUAUAAUGUUUGAAAUUACAACUUUGACAACUUUGACACAUAGACUGAACAAAAUUAUAAACGCAACACUUUUGUUUUUGCCCUAAUUUUUCACGAGCUGAACUCAAAGACUUUUUCUAUGUACACAAAAGACCUAUUUCUCUUAAAUAUUGUUCACAAAUCUGUCUAAAUCUGUGUUUGUGGUCACUUCUCCUUUCCUGAGAUAAUCCAAUCAUCUCACAGAUGUGGCAUAUCAAGAUGCUGCUUAGACAGCAUGAUUAUUGCACAGGUGUGCCUUAGGCUGGCCACAAUAAAAAACACUCUAAAAUGUGCAGUUUUAUCACACAGCACAAUGCCACAGAUGUCGCAAGCUGUGAGGGAGCGUGCAAUUGGCAUGCUGACUGCAGGAAUGUCCACCAGAGUUGUUGCCCGUGUAUUUAAUGUUCAUUUCUCUACCAUAAGCCAUCUCCAAAGGUGUUUCAGAGAAUUUGGCAGUACAUCCAACCGGUCUCACAACCGCAGACCACGUGUAGCCACACCAGCCCAGGACCUCCACAUCCAGCAUCUUCACCUCCAAGAUCGUUUGAGACCAGCCACCCAGACAGCUGCUGCAACAAUCAGCUUGCAUAUCCAAAGAAUUUCUACACAAACUGUCAGAAACCAUCUCAAGGAAGCUCAUCUGCAUGCUUUUCGUCCUCAUCUGGACCUCGACCUGACUGUAGUUCGUCAUCGUAACUAAAUUGAGUGGGCAAAUGCUCACAUUCGAUGGUGUCUGGCAUUUUGGAGAGGUGUUCUCUUCAUGGAUGAAUCCUGGUUUUCAUUGUACAGGGCAGAUGUCAGACAGCGUGUAUGGUGUCGUGUGGGUGAGCAGUUUGCUGAUGUCAACAUUGUGGAUCGAGUGGCCCAUGGUAACGGUGGGGUUAUGGUAUGGGCAGGCGUAUGUUAUGGACAAUGAAUACAGGUGCAUUUUAUUGAUGCCAUUUUGAAUGCACAGAGAUACCGUUAUGAGAUCUUGAGGCCCAUCAUUGUGUCAUUCAUCCACGACCAUCACCUCAUGUUGCAGCAUGUUAAUGCACGGCCCCAUGUUGCAAGGAUCUGUACACAAUUCCUGGUAGCUGAAAACAUCCCAGUACUUGCAUGGCCAGCAUACUCACCGGACCUGUCACCCAUUGAGUGUCACUGGUGGCGGUCCAGAGACCGGGACCCCUGUAUGCCUGAUGAUGGUAGGUGUCACAGCGUGGAAAUGAAUAAUCAGGGCCUGGUGCAGGGUAACCACACGCCCGCUGGUAUUGAGCAUCUGGGUUUGUGCAGCCACAUACCAGGACCCUGAUGCAGCUUCUGCGGAUCCCAGGAGCUAGAUAUUAUGCAGAUAUGUAUCCAGUACUAUAAAAAAGGCAAGACUAGAACAGGCACCAAACAAGAUAACAAGACAUUAUUAGAAGAACACAGAACCUGAGCAGGACAGAAAGCAGAACCGAGAACAUGUACACAAGACAUGAGGGAAAACAAGAACAGGACAUGGACAGGGCAGCACAGGGCUGUACAUGAAUUGGGAAUACAAGACAAAAUAAAACAAGAGAAGAUACAAGGCAAAACAAGAGGAGAAAUAACUAAGUAUUUUAUAUGUAAUAAACAUUGGAGAUUUAGAUAUACAUAAAUGGCCAAGAUGUAUGUUACCCACCACGGUGCCAAAGUAUUCCAAUUACAGUGGGUCCUAACUGCCUAGUUAUGCAUGACUCAAAGUACAAUAAUAAAACACACACAGUACUUACCUGCAAGGAAAGGAGCAGAGGAAUGAGACCACUGAAACAAAAAGGAUUAUUUAUUAUUAUUUAUUAUUAUUAUUUAUAUAGCGCCAUCAGAUUCCGUAGCGCUGUAAAAUGGGUGGACUAACAGACAUGUAAUUGUAACCAGACAACUGGAUGUACAGAAACAGAGAGGUGGAGGGCCCUGCUCAAUGAGCUUACAUUCUAGAGGGAGUGGGGUAUAGUGACACAAAGGGUAAAUGAAUCCAAAGGGAUGCAUUCCAAAUCACCAUAGAAACACUAAAGAACACAAUCUAGCUUUAUAUUGGAGGAAAUGUAAUGUUUACAAAGUUGUAAUUUCAAACAUUAUAGUUCUUUUGAAAAAAAAAACAGAUUAAAAAUGAGACACUAUUAUCAUUUACUAUAUUGUUUUAAAUACCGGUUUUAUUUUUGGGAAACUUAAAUGUUGAAUAGGGAAAAAGGUUGAAAAAAAGAUAUACAUUGUAUAUACACUGAGGGUUUAGUAGGUAAUUUUGACAGUUUCAGGAGAGGAGUCAUGGGGCGUGGCGGAUAAAAACAUGCUAUCAGUUUAAUUGAUAUGCUUUCUUGAAGUGAGUUUUCAAUGAUUUUUUUGAAUGAGUGGAGACUGGGAGAAAGUGUUAAGGAGGAGGGAAGGGAGUUCCAGAGGUGCAGCCCUGGAGAAAUCUUGGAGGCGAGCAUUAGAGGUGGGAACACGGACAGAGGAUGUAUGUAGGUCUUUGGCAGAGCGUAGGGGCCUCGACGGUACAUACUUACGUAUUAAGGAAGAUAGGUAGGUUGGAGCAGCAUUAUUUAGGGACUUGUAACGAAGCACCAGAAUUUUAAAUUGAGCCCUAUAUCUAACUGGAAGCCAAUGCAGGGACUGAUGGAGGCGUGGGAGGUGCGAGUGGACAGGAAAAUGAGCCUCGCCGCUGCAUUCAUUAUAGAUUGCAGCAGUGCAAUCUGGGAACAUGUAAGACCACUGAGAAGGGGAUUGCAGUAGUCAAGGCGAGAGAGAACAGCAGCAUGGACCAGCACCUUAGCUGCAUCUGGCGUUAAAUAGGGACGGAUGCGCGCUAUGUUAUUGAGGUAGAAGUGACAGGAUUUGGCGACUGAUUGGACAUUCUAACAUUCUAACAUUUGAAGAAGAGGUUGGAGUCAAAAAGAACACCCAGGCAGCGAGCCUGAGAGGUAGAGGUGAUGGUAGCGCCGUUGACUUGGAGGGAGACCGACACAGGAGUGGUAACACUUGAGGGAGGAAAGACCAGAAGUUCUGUUUGACAGGUUGAGUUUAAAUGAAUGGGUGUGGCAACAAAAAACAAACAUAUAAAGGAAUCCAGGAGACUGGGAAUUCAAGGAAUGGAAUAAAGGAAUGCACCCAGAAAACCCAGCAUAAAGAAAAACCAACAAAAACUGAAGAAGAAUUGUAAAAAGUGCACUGGAUAUCAAAAGCCAUGACCAGAAAAAAAACACAGAAUGUAACAUGUUUGGGAUGAUCUGGAUCGGCGUAUACGACAGCUUGUUCCAGGUCCUGCCAAUAUCCAGCAACUUCGCACAGUCAUUGAAGAGGAGUGGAACAACAUUCCACAGGCCACAAUCAACAACCUGAUCAACUCUAUGCGAAGGAGAGGUGUUGCACUACGUGAGGCAAAUGGUGUUCACACCAGAUACUGACUGGUAUUCGAACCCCCCCGGGCCCCACCAAUACAGUAAAACUGCACAUUUUAGAGUGGCCUUCUAUUGUGGCCAGCCUAAGGCACACCUGUGCAAUAAUCAUGCUGUCUAAUCAACAUCUUGAUAUGCCACACCUAUGAUUAUCUCAGCAAUGGAUUAUCUCAGCAAAGGAGAAGUGCUCACUAACACAGAUUUAUCAGCCAGAUUUGUGAACAAUAUUUUAAAGAAAUAGGCCUUUUGUGUACAUAGAAAAAGUCUUAGAUCUUGAUUCCAGCUCAUGAAAAAUGGGGCCAGAAAACAAAAGUGUUUAUAAUUUUGUUCAGUGUAUGUUUUUGGUUUAGUUACUUUGUCCUCAAUUUGUACUUACUAGUCAAUUUUGCACAACUGCUUGUUUAUUGAAGCAUACAUAUUAAAAAAUCUAGGCUUCCUAUCAGACCUUAAAAUAUUGGGGGAAAGAAAUUCUUAAACGUUAUUGGAAAUUCAGGUUAUAGCAAUUUAAUAUCAUUAGUAAGAAAUAUUCUUUGCAGACAUUAUACCUUUUUAGAGAUCUAAUAAAAAAUUAUGAUAGAUUAUUUUAUUUUUGUUUGUUUAAAGGAUCUGGUGGAUAUGCUGAUAACUUUGUUGGUGCUGUAUCCACAACUGGGCACGGAGAAUCUAUAAUGAAAGUCACCCUUGCAAGACUUGUACUGUUGCAUAUGGAACAAGGUAAACCUAUUCUAUAGGUGUCAUAAAAUUUUUUCUCCUUAGCAGAAAAAAAUCUUUAAAAAUAUUCAGCAAGAUAUUUAACCGUGUUUAUUUAUCUUUUUUUUUGUCACACAACCUGUAUGUGAGAAAUAAAAUCUGAGCUUGUGUAAAAAAUAGCAAAUAAGGUAUAAUGUAUACUUUCAUUCCCUCCUCCCCCAAAAAAUAAUAUAUUUGUUGGCUGGGCCUGAAGUUGUGGGAGGGGCUUGUGGACCUUAAAAAGGGACUCCCCCCUUCCCUACUUCAUCGUAGUUGGUCCGACGAUCUGCUGCAUUACAGACCACCAUUUCCGCUUCCUGCUCCCAGUAUCCAGGUUCAUCGCGACACCGUUCCCGGCAGAAAGGCGGUCAGUCUAGGCUACAUUACCGCAGCUCGCUGCUCUGUUUACCGCCGACCCAGAAACAACCACGGACGGAAACGCUGACUGGAUCCUGUCCCAGCAGGUAAGUGGUCGCAACCCCCCUGUGGUCGCACGUCCCCCUGUGACGUCUUUAUGGUUCGAUUUGUUUCAUUUCUAUUGGGUAGUCUGGUUAAGCACUGUUAGUAGUGCUGCACCCAUAGCAGACUCUCCUUCAUGUUAUUGGUUCCUGGCCACGACCUAUGAUGGCACAGGUACCACCCUUUCGGCUCCUGACAAAUGGGGACAUAGUCCCAUGGACACGGUCGCAGAGUUAGGUGGGUGAAGGGCACAGAGACUCUAUGGCCAUAUAUGGCCUCCGUGCCCCAUGUUUAUCUUUUGCAUAUUUUGGCGGGGAGCUUGUUAGUUCUGCUACUGUUGUACCUAAAGGAAAACCAUGGAAGGGCACAGGCUACAUUCUGUGGCUAGACACGUCUCGCACCUUUGGUUCCAACGGUCACGUGUCAUUAGUUCAGUAUACUGGAACUUCCCCCUUGGAGAGGACUGGCCUCCGUGGUGUUUGAUUCCUCUUUGGCAGGGGUCAAGUACUGUCACGCUUUACCAUGGUUUAGUUGUUCAUUAUAUUUAUAGAAUUAAGCCUAACUCUUUAAAUCUAAAUCUGUAACAAAUCAUUGAAAAAAAAAAAGGGGGGUCUUGUGUUGGUUUCACCUCUGGUUUCAAAGAUUGUGGAUGUCACUAUUUUAUAUGCUUUCCGAACCUGGUUAACUGGUUAAUAUAUUAAAGUCUAAGGUGUCGGGUCAUUUGCUUAGUCACUCUGGGGAAUUUAUGGUUCUGACAAACCAUGUGUCAUGUUUUACAGAUUGCAAAGUUCCCUAGUAGAGCAGCACUUGGCUCUUCAAACCUCAAGUCCUAAAUGCAUAGGUGGGUAGGUCAUAGUUUUCUGGGUUGAGUACGGUUUAUUAAGCUUUAUGGAUACCGGUUAUAUAUUUUGGUUAUAGUGAGGUUACUAUAUUACUCAGGGGCAUGAAGCAUAACAGGUUUCAUAUCUUACAUUAAGUUUAGCAGAUUACAAGGUUACCUGUUCGAAACACGCUUGGCUCAUUUAAAGCCUCAGCCUAAUUUAUAGGUGGGUAGCUUAAGGUAUUAUACGUCAUAUCCACUUGCUGAUUCAGUAUGACUAUUUAUAUACCUUUUAUUUGGUUUAGGCCUUCCUUAUUAGCUGGGAUCUCAGAUUAUCACAUGGCGGAUCCUUCAAACACACACCAGGUAUGAGACUUACCACCAGGUAUGAGACUUCCGCUCCAUUUCCGCUCCAUGAGCCUUUUGGCUUAACAAUUAGGUUACUGGCUGAUAGAGAGCUAGGUGGCCAUUUAGGUAAUUUAAUUUUGGCUCUCUUUGCCUUAGUCUCAGUGGUCCCGCGAGGCCUACCUCCAUUCUCCACAUAGGAGAUAAUACACCCCAUGGGCCAAAUCAUAGCCAGCUGCCUCGCUUGUUGCAUAGUUAGGGCCUCACUUGUCACGGCCUGUCUUUCUUCUGUUUAACAGUCACCAAGAGGCCAACACCCAGCCACAAUUUUUCAGUGGCCACGAAACCCCUCGUGCCAACACUUAGGGAGAGCCUCUAAAGAAGCUUGGUAACUAGGUAGGUCUCACCUGUCACUGGCCCAGUGAAUCAUUUCACCACUUGGCACUAGCUAGCUAGCCAGCUAGUACACACCCCCUGGUCUAAGCAUAUUAUUACUAUAUUUCAGUAUGUCUCCGAUUCCCGAUGACUGUGACGAUGUAUCAGUCCCCAGCACUCCGGCCAGAUCCGCUACUCCCACACGCAAGGGCGGCACCAGUAGCCCCGCAUCCAUCAGGUCAUGGACAUCACAGCCAAACUAAGCAAACGCAGCAUCCCUUUCCCAGCAACAGCAAAGAAAGCGGUACUAUUCCAGCUUAUACACACCAGGCAAUACAGACGCAGGGAAGGGCUCGAGUGGCUCAAACGACACCAGCCUCCAUAUGAUGAUCGCCUCCCUAGUGUCCUUAAUGGGGAAAAUUAAUGACAGGCUAGAAAGACUGGAAGCAUGUAGCCUUCUCGUUACUACAAUUGAGCCUUUCUCAGCUGAACUGCCAGGUUCACCACAGCUACAACCGGGUAAAAGUAUACCCACUAGUGCAGAAGAGCACAUCAUUAACCCGGCCCAUAUGGUUCCGGCGAAUCUUUAAAAAGACAAAGAUGUAGGGCAAAGAUGUAAAUCUUGUCUCCCUUUGGAUUGCCUCCCAGGAUGUCGUUGAGAAUUGCACUUACGCAUAUAGGGAUAUCUCAAUGGUGAUGAAAGCUAGAGAUCCAAGACUCAGUAAAAACCUAUCAAUUCCAGAUUUUGUCAUAGCAUUGGGUAUUUAUAGGGAUGUGUUGUGCUCAGGGCACCCACAUAGUAGGGAGGAGUUGGACCUCUAUAUGCACAAGCUGGUAGAUCUUGGCAACAAAUACAGGGGUACAUCUUUCUACGACUAUCACCGGUCGUUUUCAGCAAAGGCAGCGGCAACUCUGGCCCAGUACAAUGUCAGGUUGGAUUGGAGCCAACUGGAUACAGAGCUGUUCCUUAGACACUUCGCUGGGCUAAGAACCCCAGCUUGUGCAAUUUGCUCAUCAACUGCACAUUCGGCCAACUUCUGUCCCAAUACACCUGACACCACCCCUAACACAGCCAUCCCAGGCACUACUAGGGUUGAGAAACAAGGCAAGGAUAAACUGGGACCCCUGGAUUAUAUACCUUGGCAAGUUGCAAAUUUGCAAUAAUUUAAAUGAAGGUGCAUGUGGUUACAGUGCCUGUCAUUUGUUGCAUGUUUGUUCUCACUGUUUCAGAGCUCAUGCGAAAGCCAUGUGACCAAAUAAAAUGCACCAUAAACCUUAUCUGACAUCGGUUACAGUUGGUAUUCUAGUUCAUCUGCUAUCCACUCACCCUUCACGACACCUGGUGGAUUGAUAACAGGUUUCACCCAGGGGUUCCACAGGGGCCUUAUUCACUUGCCAACGGGAAUUUUAGAGUGUAAUAACCUACAGUCAGCUAUGGCUGACACCGAGUCGGUAGAGGUGUUAUUACAACAAGAACUGGAGCAGGGGUUUAUAUUAGGGCUGUUUAAAGUGCCGCCUUUUUCCAACUGGAGGAAUAAACCUAUUGGCCUGGUCACCGGGAAAAACUUGGCUAAACAGAGACUGAUUAUAGAUCCAUCUGCAGUCCUCGGUAGUCCUGAGCCUUAACUCACUAAUACCCUCAGAGGAGUUAUCGCUGCAAUACACCACAAUUGACAAUGCCAUAGAUGCUAUCAUGGUGGCUGGCAUGGGUUCAUGGCUUAGCAAGACCGACAUUGUCAACGCCUUUAAAUUGUUACCCAUACAUCCAUUGCACGGGAUCAAAUGGAGAGGCCUAUAUUUUUUCACUAGGCUCACCUUUGGUUCUAAGAGUAGCCCAAGGAUUUUUAUAACCUUCGCAGAAACUCUGUGUUGGCUCCUGCUGAAUUCAUGCAGGUGCCACACCAUCGUACAUUAUCUAGAUGGUUUCUUAUUUAUCUUAAAGUAAUUCCUCACCCUCUUGCAGUUUGGGUAAAUCAGUCAAGCUAUUUCAUUUCACUAGGGGUACCAGUCUCACUUAAGAAGACGUAGGGUCCCGACACAGUUAUCAAUGUCUUAGGGAUACAACUAGAUUCAGUGGCUAUGGAAGCCAAUCUUCCCCAGGGGAAAAUCACGAGCAUUCUCCACGACAUCAAUCAUUACAGACAUACCGGCUCAUGUAACCGGAAAGAAUUACAAUCCCUGCUAGGCUCACUAAACUUUGCAAUGAGAAUCAUCCCACAAAUAGAGCAUUCAUUUCCAGACUGUUGAGUCUAGUACCCAUUUUUGCAACCAAAGUUGCAUCUCCCUCAAAGCCCAAGCCAAAGCAGAUCUUCUUAUAUGGAACAUGUUUCUCUCGGAAUGGAACGGGAGAAGCAUGUUUCUCCCACAUUUGUCUAUACACUCCCCCGUCAUUUGGAUGGAUGCAGCAGUUACCACAGGUUACGCAGCCAUUUUUGGCACCGAAUAGCUCUGGGGUAGAUGGCCUGAGGAGGUACAAGAUAUAGAGGGGUUCUACAAGAACUCAGCGCUUUUCAAAGUCUACCCCAUUGUAGCCACGGCAGUAGCAUGGGGUCAUUUGUGGUCAGGCAAAACAAAUACAAUGCUUUUCAGACAAUCAGGCAAUUUGCCACGUUAUUAACAAAGGCCGCUCGGAUUCUUUGAUAAUAAUGAAGUUCAUCAGGAGACUGACAUGGCUGGCAGCCUGCAAUCAGUUUUACUUAGUGUGCUGCCAUGUCUCAGGUAUUUUAAAUACUGCUUGUGAUCAAUUUGUCUCGCUUUCAAUUUCAAGCUUUCCUAGAAUCCCUACCCACUGCCUCACAUCUGGCCACAACAGUUCCCCUACUCCAAGAACUAAUUAUGGACUAGGCAUGUUAUUACACCAUAGCCAGACUCUGACAAAACUGCCCCUAUCUGCCAACAUUCAUACUACCUAUGACAGGGCAUUUUCCUUAUAUAGGAAAUUUAUGGUGGACCAUCAACUAGAUAACAUGUUUGAUAUGACCUCCCUGGUGGCAUUCCAGGUUAUCACACAACACAAUUAAGUUAUACCUGAUAGACAUCCAACACCAUAUGUACACCGCCUUCCCCAAUAACUCUAUUUUCCUCUCCUUAUACCCCACCAAGACCAUACUUAAGAGCAUAGCCAAGGCUGACGGUCCUAACCCACAAAAAAGGCUACCUAUCAACAAACAGUUAUUCAAAGACAUGUCCGAGGUACUAGAUUCAACCCUGUUUGAACCCCAGACUAACUCAGUCAUUAAGGAAGGCAUAUAGCUAGCCUUUUAUGGCUUCCUGAGACCAAGGGAGUUCACCAUAAGUAGACAACAUAACGCACAACCCUAUCUCUACGUCUCAUAUUUAAGGUAACACCUAGAUCAUUACAUAUUCACUAUGCCAGUGACCAAAACGAGCCAGCUAGGCCAGCCUGUCCACAUUCCUUAUUACCCCACGAACAAUUCUUGGUGCCCAGUUAAAGUUUUCAAUUCUUAACUUCUCACCCUACAAAAUCAUGCCUCACAGUCACUUCUGUCACUGCACGGGGCUAGCCUCACCACGUCCAAAUUCAUGUUUUUCGUCCGCUUAUUGUUAAUGAGACUCGGCCUGAACCCUAGCAUUUAUUCAGGACACUCAUUUAAAAUAGGGGCCACAUCUACAACAUCCAGCCAGAAUGUUCCAGUCCAUGUCAUUAAAUUGCUGGGCCACUGGAAGUCAUCAUCUUAUAUAACCUACAUUCCUCAACCAAUACAAGAGAUGCCUAAAGCCUUUGAGAAAAUUUCCUCUUAAAGUACUUAGGUUGCAUUAUGUGUAUUUAUCAAUAAAUGUGUUUAAGCAAGGAUGUGUUACUUUUUUCCCACUUUAUUUACUGGCCUCCAGCAUACGUCGCUUUUAGCACACUUCAACCAACUUUUUCAUAUUAAGGUUAUUAACAAUCUUACCUGAAUCAUAACUGGUGUACCCACGAACACAAAUUGGAAGGCAGGGCCUGGAGUUGUGGGAGGGGCUUGUGGGAGGGGCUUGUGGACCUUUAAAAGGGACUCCCCCCUUCCUUACCUCAUUGUAAUUGGUCCUACCUUUAAUAUAUGUAGGCCCACUUUAUUUACUGGCCUACAGCAUACGUCGGUUUCGGCACACUUCAACCGACUUUUUCAUAUAAAGGUUAUUAACAAUUUUACCUGAAUAUUAACCAGUGUAGACCUGAACACAAAUAUAUAUAUAUAUACAUUAUAUAUUUGUGUAUGGGGCUACACUGGUUAUGAUUCAGGUAACAUUGUAAAAACAUGUAUUCCUGACCCUACUGGGUUAGAACCUGACCCUACAGGGCUAGAACCACCAUCUAGCCCCCCUGGUCCCCUCAUGGCUCCCUAAACAUAGUAAAAACCUACUUGUAUUCAAGUCUGAAGCUGCUGGCUCUGUCCCUGUUUCCUUUAGACCUGCCCACUGCCUGGUGACAUCAUCAGAAGUUGUAGCCUGAUCCAAUCACAAUGCUUCCCCAUAGGAUUGGCUGAGACUGACAAAGAGGCAGAUCAGGGGCAGAGCCAGCACAAUUCAAACACAGCCCUAGUCAAUCCGCAUCUCCUCAUAGAGAUGAAUGGAAUCAAUGAAUCUCUAUGAGGAAAGUUUAGUGUCUGCAUGCAGAGGGAGGAGAUACUGAAUGUUUGGAUGCAUUUUAGGCAGCCAUGACCCAUGAAGGAUCUCUAACAGCUAUCUGAGAGUGGCCAGUGAAGUUAUCACUAGGCUGUAAUGUAAACACUGCAUUUUCUCUGAAAAGACGGUGUUUACAGCAAAAAGCAUGAAGGUAAUGAUUCUACUCACCAGAACAAAUUCAAUAAGCUGUAGUUGUUCUGGUGACUAUAGUGUCCCUUAAAUAACCUUAAAGGACCACUAUAGGCACCCAGACCACUUCAGCUUAAUGAAGUGGUCUGGGUGCCCUUUUUAAAAUCCUUUUUUCUAUAAACAUAGCAGUUUCAGAGAAACUGCUAUGUUUAUAUUAGGGUUAAUCCAGCCUCUAGUGGCUGUCUCAUUGACAGCCGCUAGAGGCGCUUCCACGCUUCUCACUGUGAAAAUCACAGUGAGAAGACACCAGCGUCCAUAGGAAAGCAUUCCUAUGAGACUGGCCGAAUGCGCACGCGGCUCUUGCCGCGCAUGCGUAUUCAGCCGAGGAGAGGAGGCGGAGAGGAGGAGGAGAGCUCCCCACCCGGCGCUGGAGAAAGAGGUAAGUUUAACCCCUUCCACCCCCUAGAGCCCGGCGGGAGGGGGACCCUGAGGGUGGGGGCACCCUCAGGGCACUAUAGUGCCAGGAAAACGAGUAUGUUUUCCUGGCACUAUAGUGGUCCUUUAAUAUGAAAAAAUUGAAAAUGAAAUUAGGUAAAUGUACACAUUUAUUUUUAAUUUGUUUAUACACACACACACACACACACAUACAUUAAAUGUGUACAUUUACCUAAUUUAAUUUUUAAUUUUGUCUGAAUAGCAAUCUAUACACAAAAUUGUUGUUUUGUUUUAUGUUUAUGUGCUAUGCAUUCCAUGUUUCAAAUAAAUGUUAUGCUUUUUCAAACAAAACUGCUUGGUGGGCUAAUACAAUGUUAUCAAUACUUUGCAUCAAUUUAUCCUAAUGUUUAUUUGAAGAAGACAUUCACAUCCACAUGUUUUGAGUCAAGUAAUUUUCAUUUUAUGUUUUUGAAUUGAAGAGUUUUAGCCCGUGAGUGAAACCAAUGACAAUUGUAUGGUUUAAUCCUUUCAAGAUUUAUUGUAAAACAAAGUGUAAAACCAUUUGUCUCUAUCCCUACAUUUCUGUUGCUGCACUCUGGGUCCAAGAAUAGCUUUUCUUUAAAUGAGAAUGAAAACUGAAUUUAGUACAUUGAUCAAUGUAAUUGGACUUUGUUAAAAUUUCAAUUAUUUUGCAUAAUGUGCAUUACAUUAUUUUUCAAUACACUGGAUGGGCAAGAGAAAAGUUGAGUAGUGUGAAUACAUUAAUUUAAAGAUUAAAAUCAUAAAAAAGGGAACAGAAAUAUUUUAAGCAAGUAUAAUUUUGUUUGCAGAAAGUCUGUCUAUAAAUAUGAUUAUGAAAAAUCAAUUUCAUAAUUCAAUAUAAUCAAACUGUGAGACACAUAAAAAAGUCGCAAGUGAGAAUAUUGAUGAUCAUUUUUCUUCAUUGAUUUAAGCAACUCAUUUUAUCCCACUCCAGCAAACACAGUCUUAAAUCUUAGCCUAUUAAUGUCAAAAGAGUACACGUCGGAACGUAAGGGCUGUACAUUUUCAGAAUGAUUAAUCAUCAACAAAGUUUGGGAAGUAGAGUACAGAAAUGAUGAAUGACAAUGAAUAGAUAAUCAUAAAGUAAGAUAUGCAUCUCCACAUUUCUGGUAACAACAAAAUGUUUCUUUCCAAAAUAUAAUGCAAAGAUGACCAGAUCAGGAGCAGAUAUCUCACAUCAAGUAUUAGAUACAUGUCCAAAAUAUACACAAUGACCAACUUAAACAACCUCAAGAAAGCUUACCAACAAAAUUAUGUCAGCCCAUGGUUUUACACUUCCAAAACUUGGAAAAGCACCCACCCAGUGCCAAAACUUUUGCUCUAUUUCCCAAUGCUAAGAUACUUGUAAAAUUAUCUGUGGAUGAUCUGAGCAAGAUUUUACUUCAAAAUAUAGGGGACAAUCAGGUGGGGUUUGUAAAGGCAAGACAAAUUGCAUACAAUACAAGAAAAGUAUUGGACAUUGUACACUGCUUAAAUGCUAUUACAAAGGAGGGACUACUGUUUUACUUAGAUUCCAAAAACGCAUCUGACCAAUUAGGCUGGUGUUUCUUAGAGGCAAUCAUGAAUAGAUUUGCAUGUCCUAAACUAUUUUUUUCAAUGGUUAAUUUGGUAUACAGCAAACCUUCUGCUAAAAUUAUUAAUGCAGGCUUCCUGCCUGACCCAUUGCACCGGAGAAGGUGAUUCCCCCUCAAGGCACAACAAGUCUGCAAGCACCUACUCACAAUUUGCAAUGUUUUGUGUUUCAUCAGUAUCUAGAUGUGUUAAUUUAGGAUGACAAAAAAAAGUACAAUAACUCUUAGCAUGUUUGACCCAAACUUGAAAAUUUGUAUAUUCUUUCUGACAUGUUAUUGUUUCUACAUGUUCUAACCUAUGCAUGACAAAAAUAAAGAAUAUGAAAAAAAAAAAUGAUUGUAAGGUGUUUAAAUAAAGACAACGUUUUUAUUUAUAUUUAUAUAGUUAAUUGAUUUAAAACUGAAUUUUAUCCCAGAAUCCAAGAGAAAUUUCACAGUGGAACAGACAUCUACCAUGAACAAAGUUUCCUUUUUUAGUCAAUGAGUGCUCUAAAACAUGCAUUUUUUUUAAAUAUAUUUUCUACUUGUAAGUAUGUUUGUGACAUUAGAAAGGUUGCCUAUACUGUAUAUCAUAUCACCUUUUUAUUCAUUAAUUAAUAUUUUAUAUCACUUGUUUCUAGGUAAAAGUCCAAGGGAUGCUUCAGAUCAAGCACUUGACUACAUGAAAAACAAAGUACAUGGGAGAGGUGGAUUGAUUGCUGUCAGUAAAACCGGAGAAUGGGCUGCAAGGUUUACCACACAAAGGAUGGCAUGGGCAGGGAUUGAUGGAGAAAUGUUAUACUACGGCCUGAACCCUGGAGAACAAUUUCAAGAAUCAUUACAUAAUGCGAUAUAA